CUGUGAUGACAGUAAAUGGCACAUCAGAGACCUACACGUGUCUUAUGGUAAUGUUUCUUUGGGGACCUGCGUGUCCCACAACUGCUUAUGGUUUAAAGAUACCAGAUGCAUUCUACAUCUUGAAAGUUGAAAAUAAAAACUAUAUUUACAAAAAAAAAAUAGUGGGGUUGUGUAGACAUAACCAAAGUUCACCUAGUACUAUUAAUGAAGAAAGGGAGGUGAUCACCUGAAAACACAAAUCCUCUGUGUGUAAAAUACCAGAAGGCAUACUCAACUAUUCUGUAUCAUGUGUGGUUAACGGAGAAUAUAAAGGUCUACCAUCUAUGGCCUCAAUGGCCAAGGGUGUCUCCUUCUUUCUGAAGGGAUGUAACUUCCUAUAAAAUUGUUAGCUGCUCCAUAAUCUACGAGCGCUAAAAUGUCUAUAGACUUCUCACCCAAAGAAACGGUGAGAAGUAGUCUUUUAUGAGGCAGUAAAGGGGAUUCUAAUGUUACACCCAAAGCCAGUCCCCUGAGCUACCUUAUGUUCGACAGUUUUCUGGACGCACCAGACAAUUCAAUCUAAGAUGCUGCUUCUGGCCACAGUAUAGGUUUUCUUCUAUACUGUUUCUCAGCCUCAGACAAUUUUGUCACACCUAAUUGCACGGGCUCAGUAUUUGUAGAAGGAGGAACAUCAGGGACUGAGGCCCUAGGGGUUAUGGUAACAGCAGGACGUCUAACACGAGUCCUCUGUUGGACUCUUUCACUUAGUCGAUUAUCAAUGUCAAUUAGAUAAUUGAUAAGGUCUUCAAGAAGAACUGGAUGAUCUUGGGCUGCCACCUCAUCCAGAAUGUUUUCAUUAACCCCUUCCAUAAACACAAUCCACCUCAGAGGCAAAAAUGGGGAAACUGAUCACCUAAUCCACUAAGGAUCUGUUCCCCAACUAAAUCCUUAUAAGAAAUUUAGCUGCACUAUUCUCUCUGCCAGAUGGAUCAAACACCUUAUGGAAUGCUCUUACAAAGGUCUUGUAAUCAUUAACUAAGUCCUUGUUUGCCUUCCAUAACGGAAUAGCCCAUUCCGAGGCCUUGUCAGUUAACUGGUGCAUAAAGAACCCGACCUUGGAUCUUUUAGUGGGAAAAGACCUGGGAGAUGUUUCAAAAUGGAACUCUAUCUGGUUUAUGAAAAGACCUGGGAGAUGUUUCAAAAUGGAACUCUAUUUGGUCUUCGUAUCACCACCAUAUCUAGGACUUGGUGUCAGGCUGGUGGUCAUACUGUUCUAACCAAAAGCAUUAAUCACCACAGGCACAGGCUGGGUAGACAUUGGUGGAAGGUUCUUAGGAAAGAUGUGGGCAUUUCUGGCUAACAAGGUCUGGAAGGCCUAAGCGAAUUGGUCCAUUCUAUGGUGAAUUUGCUCAAAUUUAGCCUGGCAAGGAUUCCGUGGAACUCCCAUUCCUGCUGGGUCAAUUUGGCCCUAUCGUAAUGUCACGGGAGUCGUAACCCAACAUGAAAGAUUUAGGAAACCACAAAAGGUAGAUUCAAAAGACGUAUUACCGAGCCUUAGAAUGGCAGGACUUAACAUAACUAUACAACCAGAAACAAGGUCGAGAAAUAAAUCAAGGACAAAAAUAACAGGAAUACUCAGAGUUGAUACAAAACCGGGUCAGGAUACCAAAAAUCACGAGUCAAAUGCAAAUCCGAGGCAAGGAUACCAGAAAUUACGAGUCAAAUACGAAGCUGAGAUCAGGAUACCAGAAAUCAUGAGUCAAAUACAAAGCUGAGAUCAGGACACCAGAAAUCACAAUUAAAUAUGAAGCCGUGAUCAGGAUACCAGAAAGCACAAGUCAAAUAUGAAGCCAGACACAGGAAAUCACAAGGGAAUCACUAGUAGCACUAAACGAGGAACUAACAAAAACCAUGAUAGGGCAAUGAAUGGGGGCUAAAACAAGCCUUAAAUAUGCUUACCUAUGUUCUGAUAGCUUCAUCACAGCGAUCCAAAACAGAUUAGGAUUGCAAUGAUGACGUGGUCACUAAGAGUGGGCAUGACGUCACGUCCAUAUCUAUAUAUAGACGUCCUGCCACAUGGCCGCAUAGUUCAGUCAGACCACGGCAGGAGGAGGUGUGCUAGGAUCAAGGAAGGUGAGUCUCCUUCAGUGUGCCAUGCGACCGUGGAGUGGUCAGACUGCCAGGCAGGAAAGAGUCUGUACGGUUCGGUGGAGGUAAGUAAUGCCCCACACAGAACGUCUAGAUGGCUUAGAAAGGGAUGGCUUGCAAAGUCUUCAGAGAAGAGAUCUGUAGCUUUUGCGAGCUGGUUUUAGAUAUAUAUAAUUUCAUUCUUAGUCUAUUUUGUUAUUAAUAUACAUAUAUUAAUAUCAAAAUACACUUAGAAUGGAAAUAUAUAUAUAAUAAUUAGAUGAUAAUUAUUGGAACAUCUGCACAGAAGAUGAAUAUGUCCAGCCUAAGUCCAGAUGGGACAUUCAACAAAGGGUAGAUUCCAACAGAUUCCACGUGAGACAUCUGUGAUUGCUGUCCAGAAGAGUGCAGUUCCAUGAGCAGCUAAGAUCCUGUGCAGACCCCUCAGACUCCCAAGCCAUACGGGCUGGAAUACCUUCUCAAAUGCAACAUAGUCCCAUAAAAAAAUCUGGAAAUUUUCAAUGUGUAAUAACUGAAAAGGAAAAAAUGCUAUAUUCGACCUUCGUAACUUUUCAAAACACCAUAAAACUUGACCAUAGGGGUACUGUUAUACUCAUCAGAAUUCGCUUAACACAAAUAUGUGUAUUCUACACAGUUAAAUGCCAUGCUGAACUAAGAAAAUAACACAAUUUUUAAUUUCUUACACUUUUUUUUUAUUUUACUCAUAUUAAAGGAACACCAUUGGGUCAGGAACACAAACAUGUUUUCCUGACCCGAUAGUGCUAAAAACACCAUCUAACCAUUAGAUUGCUAGAAUAGGACCUGCAAAGAAUGAGGUACAUUGACAUUGUGGCAGGCUAAGGCAAUGUAUAAUCAUAUACUGUAACUAAACCCCCAUUAUUUUAUUCUUAGGUGAAGUGUUUUUAAUAAAACUAUUACAUUCUGUGAGACUUGAAAUUACUGUUUAGUGAAUGAGCGAGUGUGUUGGAUUUUGUGUGUUAUAUUUAUAUAUACACACAUACACAUAUGUUUACCCCUGUAUACACACACAUAUAUGCAUGUAUACAUACAUACAUAUAUGCCUGGUUCAGCCCACCUACCACUCCCUUUAUUAAGCCAUUCAUCUUGGUGGGUCCUCUUUUACAGCCCUACCAGAAUGUCAGUUCCGGCAUACCACAACCGACUUACACCCCUAUUACUAUAACUCAACUUAUUGUAUACGGCCACAAAUAUAUAUAUAUACCUACAUACAUAUUUGCUGGCUAAUCAUGGCAGUCUAUACAAAUUGGUUGGCUCUGCCACUUACAGCUUCUUGCAAGAAAAACACAAGAAUCUUUAAAUGUAAGAACUAGUUCUAAGAUCUCCAGUGUUUUCCUGGUUUCUUAGGAUGGAAGCCUUUUUGCUGCCUAUUACUUAUGCAUUUUAUUUUAGGUUAUUUGCUUAAUUUAUUUUAAUUUUCUUGAAUUAAUUCUCUUUUUUGUUUUUAGAGUUUUGUGCCUUUAAAUUUCCUUUAUAUUGCUUUGUAUUUCAUUGCUGCUGUUUCGCCUUGGUCCUGGUGAUUUUAUCCCAGUUCCCUGGAGUUAAAAGGGCCACUUUUGACCAAGUGUCUCCUAGUAUUUAAUCUCAAGUCUUCAUAUAUGCGUGGAUUGCGGACAAUGCUGGCGCAUGGACUGUUCGCAUCUUAAAGGGUUGACAGUGAUGAUGCAACUUAAGGGAAAAUGCCAAAAAUGUAGGGAAAUUGUAUAAAAGCAUCCCAAACUAAUCUUGGAGGCUAUAUAUGUAUCCCUAAACCCUAGAGGGUUAAAACCACCAUCUAGCCCCCCUGGCCCCUCAUGCCUCCCCCUAAAAUAGUAAAAUCCUACUUUUAUUCAAGUCUGCAGCUGCAGGCUUUGUUCCUGUUUCCUGUAGAUCUGCUCACUGCCUGCUGACAUCGGCAGAAGUGAUAGCCUGAUCCAUUCACAAUGCUUCUUCAUAGGCUGAGACUGUAGGAGGCAGAUCUGGGGCAGAGCCAGCACAAUUCAAACACAGCCUUGGCCAAUCAGGAUCUCCUCAUAGAGAUGAAUUGAAUCAAUGAAUCUCUAUGAGGAAAGUUCAGUGUCUGCAUGCAGAGGGAGGAGAUACUGAAUGUUUGGAUGCAUUUUAGGCAGCCAUGACCCAGGAAGGAUCUCUAACAGCCAUCUGAGGAGUGGCCAGUAAAGUUAUCACUAGGCUGUAAUGUAAACACUGCAUUUUCUCUGAAAAGACAGUGUUUACAGCAAAAAGCCUGAAGGUUAUGAUUCUACUCCCCAGAACAAAUGCAAUAAGCUGCAGUAGUUCUGGUGACUAUAGUGUCCCUUUAAGGGAAUUUGAGGCAUGGCUAAGAUCUGUUUAAAACCAGUCUGGAUAAAUGAUUGGCCUGCAGCUUGGAAAAGACGAUGUUUGACAAUGCCAUCUGUACUUUAGUACUAUGCCACAGGUAAUUAUUAUGUUGUCAUUAUUCUGGUUGUUACUAAGCUUUUGAGAGCUCUUAUUAUAUAUUCCAUUAUAUAUUGUAGUUGGCCCAGUAUGGCUUCUUCUCCUAGAACCCAUGUACUUUUUCUACAUGUGGGUAAGUAUGUAUUGUCAAUACUAUAAGCAAAAUAUAUAUAUACGCAAUAUUUUAUUUUUAAGAGACUGCUAUUCAAUUGCUUUCUAGUAAAGAAGAAUGUAUGGUAUCCUCUCCACCCAGAACCAUAUUCUGAUUGUGAUGGGAAAGCAGUGGAAGGUGAGCAGUUAUGCUUUGACUGUCUCCAGAAGCUAGAUGCUUCAACCUCUCCUAUGCCUGCUAAGCCACAAGAUGUACUGGCCUGGAUUAGAAAAUAAUUUGCUCAAGGUAUUUCAAAGCUUAUCAUUGAUCAGGUGGAGACCAGUGAAAUGAAGUGAAGAUCCUCUCACAGGCUUUAGAUUCCAAAUCAGUUGACAAACUGAUAUUAAUGAUGAGAAACAUGCUAGAGAUCUCUGAGGACUUACCUAAAGUGGAUGGAUCUGACAAACACUGCAUAAACCUUAAAGGACCACUAUAGGCAUCUAUAGUGGACUACUAUUCAAUUGCUUUCUAGUAAAGAAGAAUGUAUGGUAUCCUCUCCACCCAGAACCAUAUUCUGAUUGUGUUGGGAAAGCAGUGGAAGGUGAGCAGUUAUGCCUUGACUGUCUCCAGAAGGUAGAUGCUUCAGCCUCUCCUAUGCCUGCUAAGCCACAAGAUGUACUGACCUGGAUUAGAAAGGAAUUUGCUCAAGGUAUUUCAAAGCUUGAGCUGUGAAGAGACUCAGACAAAGACAAGAGUCCUCAUAUUCUUCAGGCUCAGAUAUGAUUGACCAACCAGGUGAAUUUGUUAUCAUUGAUCAGGUGGAGUCCAGUGAAGUGAAGUGAAGAUGCUCUCAAACUGAUAUUAAUGGUGAGAAACAUGCUAGAGAUCUCUGAGGACUUACCUAAAGUGGAUGGAUCUGACAAACACUGCAUAAACCUUAAAGGACCACUGUAGGCACCCAGAUCACUUCAGCUUAAUAAAGUGGUCUGUGUGCCAGGUCCCUCUAGGGUUAACCCUGCCUGCUGUAAACAUAGCAGUUUCAGAGAAACUGCUAUGUUUACAUAUGGGUUAAUCCAGCCUCUAGUGGCUGUCUCAUUGACAGCCGCUAGAGGCGCUUCCGCACUUCUCACUGUGAUUUUCACACUGAGAAGACGACUGCGUCCAUAGGAAAGCAUUGAGAAUGUUUUCCUAUGGACUGACUGAAUGCAUGCGCAUUCAGCCGAUGAUGUCCAAAGGAGGAGGAGAGUCCCCAGCGCCAAGGGAGCCCGGCGCUGGAAAAAGGUAAGUGUUUAACCCCUUCCUCCAACUUCAGCCCGGCAGGAGGGGUCCAUGAGGGUGAGGGCACCCUCAGGGCACUAUAGUGCCAGUAAAACAAGUUUGUUUUCCUGGCACUAUAGUGGUCCUUUAAUAAGCAGAAGCUACCCUUUCCCCUGCACAGAGCUACAAGGGAGUUUGCCACUUCUGUAUGGAAGAAAUCGUAAAGACGGGUUCCCUUCCAAGUUAAGUUGGCCAGACUUUACCCUUUAAAAGAGAUACACUCCAGCCUUUAUAUGAUCUCCAUGGAUCUGCAGAAUUGCCCAAGAUUUAUACAACAUUAAGAGCAGGAUGUUGUAUAUCAGUAACUCUCAUUGCAGUAUCUACAGCCAUGUAAAACUGCAUUAAAGAUCUUGAUGCAGAUGUGGAUAGAGGUAUUGAAAGGGACAAUAUUGAGAUGGAAUUUGGGAUCUUCAUGUGGCAACUGACUUCUCCACAUUUUCUUGUACUAUGGCUUUAUCAAUAGCAGCUAGGAGAGCAGGAGAGUUCUAUGGCUCCAUUUUUAGGGCACUGACUCUUCUUCCAAGUCUAAAUUCUGCACCAUUCCAUUUGAAGCAGAGCUGCUUUUCAGGAAGACCUUGGAAGAAAGUGGCUAAAGGCUUCAAAGUGUUUCUACCCCAGCACAGAAGAUCAAAGAAGCCUGGCACCGCAUAGUCAGGCAGGAGAACCUCCAGACACCAAUAAUUUUAGUAUACGUGGAGUUAAGGACGCAGUAGAGAAUACACUAGAAGCAACUGGUCAACCUUCCUUUCCACACUCUAACAGGCCUAAGAACCAGUCAUUUUGCCCUUCAAGAAAGAACUUCUGACUGUCCAUUGGAAAUAGGAGUCAGACUUUCUUUUCAAAGACACCUGGGUAUUAUCCAUAGCUCAAAUGAGUUAAAGACUGGAAUUUCUUCAAAGGCCCAAAGGAAACAUGAUUAUAUCAACUUGAAUUCCGACAGCAAGACCAAAAACAAGAGCAUUAAAAGGAACAUAUUUUGUCAGAGGUUUGGUCGGGAAGGGGUGUAGGGUCAUACCCAGAAUGCAAAUAAAUUAAUAUACACACAAAUAAAGGCAAAAUAAAUAAGUAUAUUUAAAUAUAUUGAUAUCUAAGAAAGGCAGUUAAAUAAAAUAAAAACACAGAUAACUGAAUGUAGCAGAAGUGCCUCUGGAUACAGGGAAGGCAGGACAGGCCUCUGGAUACAGCAAAGGCAGGACAGGUGUCUAGAUACAUGGAAAGCAGGACAGGCCUUUGAAUACACUGAAGGCAGGGCAGGCCUCUGGAUACAGUGAAGUCAGGAAAGGCCUCUGGAUACAGGAAAGGCAGGACAGGCAUUUAGAUAUAGGGAACCCAAGACAAGACCAACAACAUAACAUUAAUGAACUGGCAAAUCUGAGAGGGUGAAGCUCAACUAAAUAGGUGGAAGUUAAUUACAAAGUAAGGCCAGCUGGGAACAGAGAUACAUCUCAGUCUGGGUAAAGUAGCCUGUAAUAGCACCACAGACAGGUAGCGGCAUUGUGAGGUACUGCACCAGACUGAGAAUAAAAGGUUAUCUCUCAAGUUCCUUAAGAAGAGUGGUUCCAGAGAUAAUAAUAUUCACCUCUCUUUCUGGUGCAAAAAAGCAGAGGUACGUGAAGACCAAUACUGGACCUUAGAGUGGUCAACAAGAGACUGGAUGUCAGAGCCUUCAGGAUGUAGUCCAUCACAUCCAUCUCCCCACUAAUUCAAAGGAACACUUUCUUAGUAUCAAUAGAUCUCAGGGAAUGCAUACUAUCACAUCCCAAUAGUCCUAGGUAAUCAAUGUUUCCUCAGAAUUGCUAUAGGAGAAUACCACUUUCAAUUUUGUGCCCUACCAUUUGGCCUCAGGACCUUUUAAAAAGUACUGGUUGUGGAAUUAUGUGCCAUUUUCAGGGCUCUUCUACAGUUAAAGGAGUUGCUAAAGAACAAGUGGAUCCAAAUUUGCUUGGCCAACAGAGUGUUUGUAUCCUAUAUCAACCAUCAAGGUGUUACUCACAGCUACUUGCUGCUGAUGAAAUUAGAGCCUAAAAUGAUUUUCAGGGUUUAACUACAGUCCCCCUUUCUGGAGUCCACAAUUCAUUUGCAGACUACCAGAGCUGAGUGACCAUGGAAAAGGAAAGUAUUUAUCCAGGCUGACUCAGAUUUGGGUGGACAACUCAAAUAGACUUGAUAUGACAUCUCAGAGCAACCAGGUCCAAAUUUUUUUUUGAUAUUUCAACCAGAGAGCUAACUUACCUUCUGGCUGCGUCGGCCCUGGUUCCUUAUGGCGAGAUAGAUGAGUCAGGAACCACCAAAGGAAAUUCCAGUAUGACCAGACAUCCAAAUCCACAAGCUCGGGGAUUGAUUGUCUGAAGAUUGAGUAGGAGUCUCUAACUGGAAAAGGCAUCCUUGAAACUGUCAAUAAGACCUUCCAUGAGUUCCAUAAAUAUUCAACUUUUUACACUUACUACAAGAUUUGGCUUGCCUUUGUCUGUUUUUCCCAAGAACAGAGGGUUGGAAUUACUCCGCCUUGUCACUAUUCUGAGCAUCCUUUAAGCGGGCGUAGAGAAAGGUAACAGCUAUAACACACUGAAUGUGCACAUAUUGGUACUUUCCGCAUUAACAGGAACUCGUUAGGCUUUGGAGCAUCUCAUGAUUUUUUUCAUGAAAUCGACAAUUAAACUCUGACCUCCACUGAAGUUGUUCAUGAGCAGAAGGAAUAUAAGAAUAUAAGAAUCUUACCUUCUAGUGUUAAAAUAUAAUUAAAACACAUUAUAUUUAUUAAAAAAAAAAAGGAUGGCAAAAAGAAAAUAUAUCUUUAAAAGAGUCCCAAGAUGGCCGCAACAGUAUACCUUAUAGGUGUACCAACAUGGUGGCCGCCCAACAACUUGGGGAUUAAAUGAGAGACGUCAAAUAUAAAAAAAAUAAACUGAACCUUGUAUUAUGGACUUAUAUUAUUAUGGACUUAUAGGGACAAGGGAGAAGGUAAACCCUCUCUGCCUGAAACAAGGGUUUUUUUUGUUUGUAUUUAUUAUUGGGGGUGCCCUGAAUUGAAUAUUCAUAGUACAUGUAGAAUAUUGUGUAUUCUAUAUGUUCCUAUUCAAAUACAUAUUAAGGUGUGGCUGUCUAAUGGGUUAAAAAUAACAGAUGGUGUUUGCUAUUCUGUACCAUGAGGGCUCUGGAAUGUGCUGUAUAGGGAGAUUGGGGGAAAGGUCCUUAUAUGGCGAGUUUCCUAAUGUGGCCUGUAGCGGAUGGCACUGGGCUGUCCUGGGAAUUGUGUUAGUUUAUACUGUAUUUGUCUAAUUGCAAAGUGUAUGUGUAUUAAUGUGAUGUAUUUGUCUGAUUGUUCGGUAGAAUCAUUCUAACAAAUAAGGGAAUGAAACUACCGAACAGUCAGACCUCCCCGGUGUGAAGUGUGCCUUCAAUUACCCGUUGCAACAUUGUUGCGAACGGGUAAUUGACAAGCUGUAUAGUAAUCGUUCGUUCUCGGGGGUGGCCGCCAUUCGGGAAACGAACAUUUUAAAAUUCCCGAACAGUGGUGUUUUACCGUCGAGUGUCUGGAACUCAAAACGGACACUCGACUAGGCGAACACCGCUGAGACCUCCACCAGCCCGGUCCGUUCGGUUCCAAACUACCGAACGGCCCCUCGUUCGGUAGACAGGAACAACCGAACAAGGGGGUUCAGGCGAACCCUCCCCAGUCUCUAUAGCUAGAGGCUUUCGUGUUAUUAAUUCCCUUUUUCCAGGACCGACCACAGGGCCCCAUCGCAUGGAGCCCAAUUCGGCUAUUUCUUCCCGGUCAUUCUAUUCCCUCCAUGAAUUUCCCGAACCCCUGGUCUGAUCUGGGUGACUUUGCGAUAUGUUGUUCACCCAGAUCAGAGCUACCAGGGGAUGUAUAAUUUAAAGUGGUGCCCCUAGGUUUAGGGGUACAUCCAUAAACGGGGGGAAUUGGUGUUCUGGGUAAGGGGAUUAUGAUGCAGGAUGUGUGGGAGGUUACCCGAACAGGAUUGGCUAUUAUGUUAAUGAAUGGAAAUCCCUCCCUUGCCUGGGAGCAUGCUUUAUAAGGCCACUGGCUGAAUAAAUCUUUAGUUCUGCUCCUGAUACUGUGUGUCGUCCAGUUAUUGGGAGUGCUGUUGGGAUACUACUGUAUUGUUUUACCUGCUGGAUACCUUGCCUAUGGAUUUAUAACUACUUGUUCCUGAGCCUCACUGGGAUCUACAAGUGGAGGUAGGCUAUGAAAUACUAGCUCUCCGAUACAUGGCCAGAGUCUGAAUAAAAGUUAUGAAGUCAUUUUGCCUACAAAGGAAUGAGGAAAAAAGGAUAUGAUGUGUUCCUGACUUGUUAAUAUUAAGACGACUACUUAAGAUCUUUAACUCUCUGUAACAUUGUUAAGAAAUACCAUCUGUUAAGUAUAUUAUUGUUUGCUUUUUAAGUAGAAUAAAUGCAUACGUAACUAUGUGAGUACUACCAACAAUCAAACUAUCUGACCCCUGAUCAGUCGGGCUUUCGUCAGAAUCACUCCACUACAACUGCCCUCUUAAAAGUUUGCAAUGACAUCCAAACUGGCAUGGAACAAGGAGACCUAACUGGAGCUAUUUUCCUUGAUUUUGCUAAGGCCUUUGACACAGUAGACCAGGACAUUCUAUUGCACAAACUCAAAAACUCAGGUAUUGGUGAUCAUUCGCUAACCUGGUUUCGAUCAUAUGUAUCGGAUGGCUCGCAAUAUGUGUCCAUUUCUGACAGCGACUCCCUCCCUCUCCCAGUCACGUGUGGUGUUCUCCAAGGUUCCAUUCUUGGCCCCCUACUAUUUACAUUAUUUAUAAAUUAUCUGCCUAAUGUCUGCAAACCUCAAAUGUACACAUGUACGCAGACGACACAAUAAUCUAUGUGAGCAAACCCGAUCUACCGCAGCUUGAGGCUGUGCUCCAAGGCCAGUUUACAGAGGUAGAAAAGUGGAUCGCAAAAAACAAACUCUUCCUAAACACUGACAAAACUGUCACAAUGAUCUUUGGAACAGUACCUAAAUUACACAAAUUACACAAUUACCACCUAUCCAUCAAAACUGACCGCAGUCCACUCUUUCAAAUACUUGGGAAUGAUGUUAGACCCCAAUCUAUCUUAUGGCCUGCACAUUGAAAAGCUUGCAUCUAAACUUUAUCCAAAAUUAGGUGCCCUGUACAGAAACAAAGCCUGCCUAAGCCCUACAGUAAAGGAAAAGAUUGUACAGCAAAUGCUGAUGCCAAUCAUUGAUUGUGGGAAUGUGGUAUAUGGAUCUGCAUCGCAAUCCCACAUUAAUAAACUCAACACAUUGUAUAACUCGUUCUGCCGAUUUGUGCUACAAUGUAAUUACAGGACCCACCAUUGUGACAUGCUAAAAGAACUAAACUGGCUGUUGCUGGAAUACAGACACACCCUUCAUCUUUCCAGUCUUGUGUUUAAGAGCUUUUCUGGGAAACUCCCACCCUACCUGAGCAGAAUUCUUUCCCCAGCUGUUCCCACUUCCUAUAACCUCCGAUCCAGUACCAACACUUUACUUAAUCUACCUCAAUACAAAAAGAAAGCAGCCCGAUCCUCCUUCUACUAUAGAGCACGGCAAUUGUGGAACAACCUCCCGCACAAUUUAAAAUCAUCCCUAAACCUAAAGUCCUUUAAGAGAUCCCUCUCUAUAUACCUCAAAACAGAAUGCACCUGUCAUGGUUGAUUAUAUAUUUCCUACCUGUUCUAUGUUAGAUUUUGUAUUUAUUGUGUAUUAAUAUUGUUUUUGUAUUUUAUUGUAUCCUAAUGUAACAAUGCAAUGAUUUGUGGACUCAGGACAUACUUGAAAACGAGAGAAAUCUCAAUGUAUCUUUCCUGGUAAAAUAUUUUGAAAAUAAAUAAUAAAUAUUUUUUAUAAAGAACGUCAGAUUGCAUAUUAGUACUUUUCAUUAAUAUAGACGUUUAUUAAUAUGGUAAAGACUUAUUCAACUAAAUAAACACAGACCAGCUAUUACAGUACACCCUCCUGAGUGUACAAAUAUGGCAUUGGGGCCCACCCCAGGUGAUCGAUGUGGGCUGCAUCAUCAUGGCAUCCCUAGGUACAAACAAGCAUAAAAAGUUGGAAGAAUAGUAAAAUGUGAAACUCACCUAGGGACAGAGAGGGGAACCCUGUGACUUGAAUUCCUGAAGGGGAGAGGCUAUAUUUUAACUCUACAGUUGAAAAAAGCAGCAAAUAAUAAAAAUAUCAGUAAUAAAAAUCUAUGAAAAAAAUAUGAAGGCACAGGAGAAAAUAAAUCAAUAAAAAAAAUAUUAAUAAAUAAAAAAUCUAAAAUGUCUAAGAGUAUAAAUAAUGACAGUUGGAGGGUAUAUAAAAGAGAACAACGGUGUAUAUAAUUACAGAGCAUAGAAAAGAUAGAUGAAAAAGAUAAACAACUUAGCUAAUUUCUCUUCUGCUUAAGAUUUUAGAAAGAAACAAGCUACUACAAAUACAAAGAACAAGCACCAGAAAUCUCCUUUUUUAUAUUUGAACUUUCAUUGUGUUGUUAACACAAAAAGUGUUGUUGCUGGUGCUUAUCACCUCGGCAAGAAUAACUUGUGAACUCCAGACUUUAUCCAGAUUUUAUCCUGUGAACCGCCCUUUACUAUUUUUCAGUAGGAGAAGUUUGUCAUGUGUCCCAUACCAAAGUUCUUGCAUAAAGUGAUCUCCAAGAUAUUUAUUGAAAUACCCAGCUCCUUAUAAGCCUCCUAAACUUUUUGUUCCCCCGUUGGCCACGUCCACCUAAGGACGGUGAGUGGUAGCAGUUAUCACUAAGGCUUAUCAAUGCCAAUCCAUACUAAUACCUAAAGGUAUCGGGCACACUGCACUCAUCUUGGCCUUCUGUGACAAAUUACUCUCCUGACAGUAUUUGUAAAGCUGAUACUUGGACUUCCUUGAACACGUUUAUCUGGCAAUACAAGCUGAAUGUUAAGGCUGCCAAUAAGGCACAACUUGAAUGUCUAGUCCUUCAUUCAGUUCAAUAUUUUAAUCUCUGUCGAAUUGUUUCAAUUAUUUAAAUAAAUUAAUUUUGGAGCUAUUUCCAUUUUUGUAUUUGAAGCUUGGGUAUUCCCAUUUAUAGAGGAUGCUAUGAUUAGCAAGGAAAGUAGAACACAUAUUCAUACUUACCGUCAUUUUCCUUUUCUGUCUGUUAUUUAUGGCAGCAUUUACUACCCACUCAUUUACUUUGAUUUGCUUAUCUACUGUAGAGCUAGUUACUGACUGGCGAUCUUAGGACUGGUUGUAAAGAGUUUUUGUGUUUUUCCUGUUCAAUCGACUCUAAGGGGCGGAGCUAGCCCUUUGUCUAUGCAAGCAUGAAUAAUGAAAGUAGAGAAAAUUACAGUAAGUAUGAAUAAAUGUUACAUUACAAGACCUUAAGUGCACUCUUUCCUGGUAACUAUAUAUAUAUAAACACACAGAAAAUAAAUGAAAUGUUAUUUUUUUUUCAUUCUUCAUUAACAAAAAAAAACAGUCAAAUGAUUAGAUAUAAACAUAUUAUUAACCCAUCUAGAUCAGCUAUGGAGCGACUGACACGCAGCUUAGUGACAGAUUACUUUAUCCAUACUUCUUCCGGACAGUUCAGGAUGAUCGGACUCAUCAUGCAGCUAUUGUGAAAAUGCUGAAAUUUUUUGGAUGGAACUGGGUUGGAAUAAUCACAUCGGAGGAUGAAAGUGGAGAGAGGGAACUCCGAGAGCUAAGCCAAGAGCUCACCAGUCACGGGAUCUGCAUUGAGUAUACCAUAACAAUGCCUGAUAAAAAUGAUAAAGGGAUAUUUACAGGCAUGGAUAUUAUUGAAAAAUCAACCUCUCGGGUUCUAAUAACAUGUGGAUCAUGUUCUGAAUAUUGUGCUGUUAUUUUGUAUAAAAAUGAACUAAACUUGCAAAAUAUAACCCUAUUACUCAAAUUGUCAUGGCUCUAUUCUUUUACUUUUAGAAAUUUUGAUGCACUAACGGAUGGCAGUUUAAGUUUUAUACCUUUAAUAAAUUACAUUCCCAAGAUGGAGAUAGAGUUUAGUAAUUCUAACCACCUGAAUCGCCCAAAUGAUCCAUUACUAGAAGACUUAUGGAUACUUUAUUUUUGUUGUAACUCACCAAACCAUGAGAAGAAUGACUUUUAUAAUUUUAUUUAUAAAUUAACACUAAAGAACUGUACAGGAAAUGAACGGUUUAAAGAUAUUGUUAACCUUUCACGUGAUCCACAACCUUAUUUAGUAAGGUAUGCUGUGUAUGCCAUGGCUCUUGCUUUGCACGGAAUGCAUUUGUCUUUACAUGUGGAUCAUCGCCAAUUAAAUGCAGGACAAUAUGACUAUAAACACAAGGUAAAGAAUUUAAUUAUCCCAAACAGACAGAUUGCAUUAUUUUGUGCUAGAUUGAUAAUUCAUCGUGUUAUAAUAUAAACUGACUUUUGUCUGUAACAAAACUAAUAUAAAUUAUUUUAUCUAUACUUUUAUCAUACAGCAUUUUCAAAUUUGUUAAUUUGUAAUUUUGCUACUUGAGAUCCCAAAUUCAUCCCAUUUGAAGGCCUGUACUAUCUGCAGUAAGUCACCUGGCAGUUUCGGCAUUUUUUUAACAGAGGGACUCUGAUAAAUUUGUGAAUGGUGUGCCCAUUCACAAGAAAUGCAGUAAGGAGGAGUCGGGCAACUAUAGGCCAGUAAGCCUUACUUCAGUAGUGGGGAAAGUAAUGGAAACCAUGUUAAAGGAUAUGAUUGUGGAACAUCUAAAAUCACAUGGAUUUCAAGAUCAGAGACAACAUGGGUUUAUUUCAAAGAGGUCAUGCCAAACUAAUCUUAUUGAUUUUUUUUGAUUGGGUAACUAAAAUAAUAGAUAAUGGUGGUGCAGUUGACAUUGCUUACCUAGAUUUCAGUAAGGCUUUUGACAUUGUCGCACAUUGAAGGCUUAUCAAUAAACUGCAAUCUUUAAGUUUGGAUUCCAUUAUUGUUAAAUUGUUGAUAUUUUGGAGAUAGUUCAGAGAAGGGCUACUGAAUUUGUUAAUAGAUUACAGGAUAAAACUUACAAGGAAAAGUUAAAGGAUCUUGUGAUGGACCGCCUGGCCCCCCUACUAGGUGCCUCCGCCUAUCGCUGCUUCCUAGUCGCCUUGAGUACCAUAAGCACCGCACAAGCCACCAUAAGAACCGUAGACCUCACAAACUGCCACAGCUUGGUUGGGGUCUUGCCAUCCUCCCCCUACCCUGGACCCAAGACCAGGAUACAACUUUCAGUGGGUGAACCUCUCCUACACCAGAGAGUAUAGCAGGAACAGCUCUUAUAAGAGCUAGUGAUCAUAGUCCAAGGGAGUAUAAUAAGUAUAGCAAUCCCCAGAGUGAAAAUAGCUGUCCCCUCCACACAUGAGACAAGGCUCUAUGUUCAGGCUGAAGAGGAACUGAUUUUAAUGGUGUCACACUUGGCUUUUUAUGACAAUCCCCAUGAAAGGGGCACUCCCACAUGGACCUUGUGGGGAACUAUGUUAUAAAGUCACAGACCAAUUACAAUAGUGUUAUAAUGCAUGACACUCCCACACAUAGCAUACAAUCCCUCCCCUCUGCCUGGGAGAUAAUUGAGUCAGAUAUUGUAUUAACUCAUGUUAUCUUCAGGCAGAAAAAACACAUAUUUUUAUAAAAUACCAAAACACAUAAUAUCCCCACAAAUGUUACAUCCCCUGAUAGCCCUAAUCUAGGAGACCAACAUAUCCAAAAAUAUCCCAGAUCCGUUCAGGAGUUUAAUAAUUUCCUGGAAGUCAUUUAUUUGACCAUGCCAAAAAUAAGACUAGCAGAACAUUGCCGCAACAUCAGCAAAGGAUUUCUCAAACACUCUGUAUCAAAAUACUUUAUUACACAAUAAAAAUCCAAAAUAUGUGGUAUUAAAAAAUGUAAAAACUCAUGGAGAGGUGGUGAUUUAAAAAAUGUUUUAGGCAAAAAUUAAAUGAACCGGGUAUUCCUUUUAAAACUUCUAGAACCACAUGGUCUAAAUUUUGAUUUUGAUCUUUUUAAUUUUCUUUAAUAAUCUUAUACUUUUUUUUUCAUAAUAAUUGAACCAUAUGUCUGUCAUUUUAUAUAACCUAUGUUUUUAUCUUAAGAUUUUAUUUCUUGACCUUUAUAUUUAUUUUUUUCUCUUAUGUCUCAGUCUAAUUACCUAUGUUACUGCAUUUAACUUAUUUGGGCAUUGUUUCCUUGUUUUGUUCGAAUACAUUGUGCAAAAAACUCAUAUUCUCAAAGAUUGCUCCCAUUAACAAGCUUCCUUUAUCUUUAUAUAUGAUUUUUUAUUUUUCCCCUUGCCCCCCCCUCCUCCCCCUCACUAAACCACGCCCCCACAUCACAUGGUAGCACAAAAUCUUACAUUAUUAGAAUAUGCCCUCCCAUCUAAGAUUAUUCUCAUCCACCAUAGAUGGCUAAUGCCAUUAAGAAACGCUCAAUACACCCUGUCUGCCACUAUGAUGACGGACGCACUACAAUCCCCAUAAUGCCCGGUUAAUAAGGCCGCUGAUCACGUGACCCGUUCACUCUCUGCCUCUCAAUCACUCCCUCCCACUUAUGAUGCCCCGUCUAAGUGCCCACGCCCACAUAUUUGUCAUACUACAACCCCCAUGAUGCUCAAAAUAAAUGGCCGCCAAUAACAUGACAGAAAUUCGGUCUAAUCUUACUUCUUUUUGUCACCCUGGUUUUUCACUACCACAUAUUUAUUUGUUCUAUCUACAUUUUAUUGUCUCUUGUUAUUUAGCUAUAUAUGAAUUUCAAACUGUGACGGAACUCUGGCACUCCGACUGAGUACCUCCACCAAUCGAUGCUCCUAGCGCUUGCAGAGGACUCCGAGUACUCCAACCGACACCAUCAGCACUGCGGUCCCCACUUCCAGCGAUGCAGCUGCGCCGGGGUCUCGACGUCUCUCACCCACCCUAAAUCUACGACCAUUAUAGCAAUCCCCAGAGUGUAGGUAUCCCUUCCCCCAAGCACGAGCCAAGGCUUCAAGAAAGGUGCAAGUAGGUCAGGUUUAUUGAGGCCUACCUGCCCGGUAUUUAUGCAAGUGUCCACCAGGUGGACACUCCCCUAGGGGACCUGAUGAAACAAUGGGACACAUAUUGGAUAUUAGCCAAUCACAGACAAUACAAACAAAACACUCCCACAGUGACAUCACAAUCCCUCCUCUCUAUCCUGGAGAUAAUUGGGAAGUAAUCAAAUUAACUUCCAGGACAGAGGCAAGACUCCAUUAACCACAUGGUUACAAAAAGACAUAAAAUUACAGAAUGUUACAAUUACUAUAUAAAACAUAUACAUGCAACAUAUCCCCAGAUAGCUUAGAUCUGAGCGCACAUUAUUACCGAAUGGCUCUCAGAUCACAUACAUACAGUUCAAUCGCCAUGGAGCCAAAGUCUUUUCCGUAGUCUUUUGUUACACAAAUAGGCAUAGCUAUCUGGGGUAGCACUACUCACAUACUGAAAGUCCCGAACGCCCUGGCAGAAAUACACAAAUAAACCUUUCUGUGGGGUAAAAUACAGCUAUCAGCACAGGGGCCAUAGUCGGAAGGCAGGAGGCUAGCCAGUAGUCCCCUCCAGGCACAAGUGGCGAAGGGCACUUCGUCACACAAACUUUAUUUUCAAUCAUCAAUUAUGCAAUUAUGACAUAAUUUUGGGGCCAUUUUUAAAACAGACAAGCUGUUUCACUCCCUUUAUAAACCCAGACUUGCCAGGUUAUGUUCUCUGCAUUUUCACUUGAAAAAGCCUGCUGGAGAAACGCGUUGUGAACUGUAUUGUAUUUUAUUAAAGGUAUUUUGGUCACUUCCUCACUGUGAGUUGCCAUUUUACUUUUACUUUAUUUAAUUUUAUUUUACCUGGCUUCUGAGUUUUAUCCUGUUCCAGUGAGACAUUACUCCAAAGAAUCCUAUGUGGGGAUUAUACAACUCAAGCCCUAUAUACUGAGCAGUCCGCCUGCUCGUGUAAAUGUGAGUAACCACUUUAUAUUUUAUUUUCUGCUUCCCUGAUUUUAAAUAGAGAACACUAUUGCUGUUCCUUUUUAUUACAUAUGACCUUCCCUCAGACAAGACAUCACCUCAUGUAUCCUAUAAGUGGGGAUUAUACCACUGUACACACUUCAUACUAGAACUAGCCCAUUAGCUCUUUAAAAGACUUUCCUGAACUCUGCUACUGGAUUUCAAAUCCCAUAGACUAUACUACAACAUUUAUCUAAUUUACUCUCCAUUACUGGCGCUGCCUACCUACUACCUUAUAUCCAUAUACAUAAUUACAUAAAUAAUUUCAUAAAUAUACACGUAGACUUCAAAUAUAUAAAUAUGUGUGUAUAUAUAUAUAUAUAUAUAUAUAAAUUCUACAUGCAUAUUUAUGUAAUAUUUUUACAUAAUUAGGUAAUUUUAUUGAUUGCAAUUUGAAGGACCUGUCUGACAACCCAGGCUGAAAGUCCCGUGAAUUUAAUUUGCUAGCACUGUAUUUAACCCUGUAACUUUCCAUGACACCCUAAAACCUGUACACGGGGUGGACUGUUUUACUCAGGAGACCUCGCUGAACACAAAUAUUAGUGUUUCACAAACAACACUUUUACUGAGGAUAUCAGUGUUGUGAUACAUUUUACUGUUUUGAACCACUAAUAUUUGUGUUCAGAGAAGUUUCCCGAGGAUAACAGUACCCCCCCAUGUACAGGUUUUAUAGUGGUUUUGAAAGUUACAGGGUAAAUAUAAAGCCGUUUUUUCACAUUGAAAUUUGCCAGAUUGGUUAUGUUGCAUUUGAGAAUGUAUAGAAGCCCAGGAAUGAGAAUUACCCCCAUGAUGGCAUACCAUUUGCAAAGGAAGACAACCCAAGGUAUUGCGAAUGGGGUAUAAAAAACUAAAACAUAAAUACCGCACUCAGUGCAUUCACUAUGCACAAUAAGGAAAAAUUAUAUGCCCAUAGAAAAAAUAAUAAGAAAAAACCAACACUACUGAAAAAUUGUAGAAACAUAUAUAUAAGGAAGUCCAAUUGUUGAAAAUAGUGCACUGAAUCAAAAAAGUAGAAAAAUGGUUGGAUCUCACCACAGGUAGUAUCGUUAUAGGGAUAGGAUGCAGUAGUACUAAAGGUGUUCCUUGACUGUAGCAGAAAUUAAUAAAUGAAGCAGUAAAAGGGAGAGUCAUCCUCUGUGUCUGUUGGUCGUUUUUCCGAUAAAGUCCUCCUGUCACGUGUGUCAGCAGUCUGGCAGCUAUCGGGCUGCAUGCUCGGGACGUAAGUGUCUCUUCGAAGGCCCCUGCAAUAGACAGAUGAAAUGGCUGCAUUUAUAUAUCACUUAUCGGCGGCACGUUACCGGCUGGAUUUCCGGAUCCGCCUCUUCCACUACUUCCGAAAUUAGCGUGGUGAUGUCAGCGUGCGUGACCACGUCAUCCACAAUUAAAAAAAACUUUAUUGUACAUAUAAUACAAGACACUGAGUUUAAAUACUAACUAAGUAGUAAUAAAAAAUGUAAGUGAAUGGCGCGUUCACAGUAUAAUAACAAUAGAGUCACAGUUGUGGGGUGUAAAAGGUGUUCCCCAACACCUACAGAUAAAAUAAUCCAUUAAAAAAUGACAACAAAUGCCAAGUGUACACACCACCAACCCUAUGUGGAUAACCUCAAUGUUAUAUAACAGAAAAGUAUAAAGAUAUACAAAUACUUAUACACAUGUAAAUACUAACUAAGACAUGUCUUUAAUUCAAAGACUGAACGAUAUCCCAUAUCUUUAGAUGGAAGCAUUUUGUUGCUUAAAAGUGAUAACUAGAGAUGAGCGAACACCGAACUCGGGUUCAAGUUCGGUUUUUGGCGAUUUAAUGGCGUGUUCUAAAAAGCUGCAGGGCAGCCAAUCAACGAGCUUUGACUUGUGUGCCCUUAGAAGCCAUCACAGCCAUGCCUACUAAUGGCAAGGCUGUGAUGGGCCAGUGCAGCAUGUGACCCAGCCUCUAUAUAAGCUGGAGUCACAUGAGCUCUUAUUAGUGUAGGAAGAGGGAGGGACAGAGUAGGAAAGAAUUCUGGUGUUGAAUCUGCAAACUACAGUGAUUAUUUUUGUGGGUGCUAUACUACAUUUUUGUACCCUGCCCUGAGCCCAGUGCCACAGAGAAAUAAGCAAUCAUUCUGUUUGUUAGGUGGGCACUUGCAACUGCAUGUGUGCCAGGCACAUUACUUUAAUCCUAUUCUCGUAGUACAGUGGGCAACAUCUAGACAUUUUUAAAUACUGCUGUGACAUUGCAGUUUGACAAAUUCAAAUUUUUUAGGUGCUAAAAAGUAAAUUUGGUGCGUGCAGUGCACUUCAUAUCUGCGAGUCAAAUAGAACCGUCAAAUACAGUGGAUACAUCGCACUUUUAAAAAUUCACAUUUUUUUGGGUGCUAAAAUUUGGGGCCUGCACUUCAUAUCUGAGAGUCAAAUAGAACCGUCAAAUACUGUGGUUACAUCGCAGCUUGAAAAAUUCAAAAUUUUUUGGUGCUAAAAAAUUAAUUUGUGGCAUGCACUUCAUAUCUGAGAGUCAAGUAGAACCGUCAAAUACUGCGGUUACAUCGCACUUUGAAAAAUUCUAAUAUUUUUGGUGCUAAAUAGUACAUUUGCUGCCUGCGGUGCACUUCACAUCUGAGAGUCAAAUAGAACCUUCAAAUACUAUGGUUACAUUGCACUUUGAAAAAUUCAAAUUUUUUUGGUGCUAAAAAGUACAUUUGUGGCAUGAACUUCAUAUCUGAGAGUCAAAUAGAACCGUCAAAUACUGUGGUUACAAGGUAGUUUGAAAAAUUCUAAUUUUUUGGGUGCUAAAUAGUACAUUUGUGGCGUGCACUUCAUAUCUGAGAGUCAAAUAGAACCGUCAAAUACUGUGGUUACAUCGCACUUUGAAAAAUUCAAAUUUAAAACAUAUGUUAGUUUGGUGGGUGAAUGCAAAGAAUGAGGAGAGCGUCAAAUAAGGGAUGUGGCCCUGGUCGUGGUGCUGAUGGUGUUGGUGGAGCUCCUGUUGCAAGGAGAGGACGUGGUCAAUCUGUGCCAGCUACACGCACAAGUGAAACACCUUCUUUAGGUGAGAGUAGGCAACAGAACAUUCAGCGUUAUUUGGUAGGCCCGAAUGCUGCUCUACGAAGGGUGAGGCCAGAACAAGUACAGGCGAUAGUAGAUUUAAUGGCUGGCAGUGCCUUCAGUUCCUUCACAUUGUCUCCCACCCGGUCCCCUGCUAAAAGCUCAUAGUUGGCACAUGCAGCCAAUUGACAUCUGUCUUUCACCUCAGCCCCUUGCAAAUCAGCCAAGCAGUCUGAGCCACAAGUCAUGCUUUUGAUGACUCUGCUGGCGGGGUUUCCAUGGGCCAUCCACCUAGCCUGCCCCAGAAGUUGAAGAGAUUGAGUGCACUGAUGCACAACCACUUAUGCGUCAGGAUGUGGACAUGCGAGGACCACUGCAGCACGUCUCUGAUGACGAAACACAGGUGCCAACUGCUGUGGCUUUCUGCAGUGUGCAGACCGGCAAGGAGGGCAGGGUUGAGGAGUGGGUGGAAGAUGAUGUGGAGGAUGAUGAGGUCCUAGACCCCACAUGGAAUCAAGGUCAUGCGAGUGACGUGUCCAGUUUGGAGGAAGAAGCUGUGGUCGCACAGAGGCACCAGCCCAGCAUAAGAGGGAGCAGGGUGCAAAAGUGGAGCAGCCAUCCCCUAGACAGUACGCCUGCUACUGUCCACCACACCCAGGGACCGAGCACACCAAAGCCAGCUCCAACGAGUUCCCUGGCGUGGCAGUUCUUCAGACAAUGUGCUGACGACAAGACACAAGUGGUUUGCAUACUGUGUAAUCAGAGCCUGAAGCGAGGCAUAAAUGUUAUAAACCUGAGCACAACCUGCAUGACCAGACAUCUACAUGCAAAGCAUGAGCUGCAGUGGAGUAAGCACCUCAAAAACCAAGAAAGGUCUCAGGCUCCUCCUGCUUCCUCUUCUGCUACUGUCUCGGCUUCUUCCUCCACCUCUGGAGUGACAGUGGCACCUGCCACCCAGCAGAGGAUGUGCCACCACGUCCGCCACCGUCCCCAAUCAUCUUCACACUGUCCCAUGGAAGCGUUCAGCUGUCCAUCUACCAAACACUGGAGAGAAAGAGGAACCACCCGCGAUCCCUGGCCCUGAAUGCCAGCAUUUCAAAAUUUGUGUCCCUUGAAAUGCUGUCAUUCAGUCUGGUGGAGACUGACAGUUUUAAAAACCUGAUGGUGGUGGCUGUCCAACAGUAUGUGGUUCCCAGCCGCCACUACUUUUCCAGGCGAGCCAUCCCUUCCCUGCACAACCAAUUGGCAGACAAAAUCAGGUGUGCACUGCGCAACUCCAUCUGUGGCAAGGUCCACAUAACCACUGAUACGUGGACCAGUAAGCAUGGGCAGGGUCGCUAUAUCUCACUAACUGCACACUGGGCAAAUGUAUUUGCAGCUGGGCCUGAGGUGGAUAGCAGUUUGGCGCAUGUCCUUCCGCCACCGAGGAUGCAGAGCAUUUCUCUUUGCCUCCUGUUGCCUCCUCCUACUCUGCUUCCUCCUCCUCUACCACCACCUCAUCCAGUCAGCGUAACACCUUCACCACCAACUUUAGCACAGCCAGGGGGAAACAACAGCAGGCUGUUUUAAAACUCAUAUGUUUGGGGGAAAAACCCCACACUGCGCAGGAGCUGUGGACGGUCAUGGAACAACAGACCAAUGAGUGGUUGUUGCCACUGAGCCUCAAACCCGGCAAGGUGGUGUGCGAUAAUGGGCAAAAUCUCGUAGCAGCAAUGGGCCUAGCCGGUUUGACACACAUGCCUUGCCUGGCGCAUGUGCUUGUAGGAUAUGAAUAUCCAUUUUGCUUAAUAUCCUAGCUGUUCAUAUAAAGGUUAAUUUGAACCAAGAAUAAAUUUGGAAUUGUAUCUCCGAUUCUCGGAAAUAAAAUUUACCUAAAAUCCUAUUUAUGGGAUAUGUUCUUGGACAGGGAUUUUUACAUGAGAUGUUCUAGGAUAAGGAUUUUGGGAUGAUUUCGGUAUUUGUAAUGAUCUGGGUUUUAUCCAAUAUGCAUACAUUAUAUAACACUGAAUUAUAACUAGAAACAGCUGUUUAUAACUUGUGAAAAACAAUGUCAUUGUCACACCCAUGUGCUCAUUUUUCCCCCUCCCAUUCUGUUAUGAUAAUGGGGUAUAAAUAUAACUGACGUAUGAAUACAAUUUGAAUUGGUUAUUAAACACGUCUCUGCUAUUCAUUUCCAAUUUCCAGAGCUCUGAAUGAGUUGGCAAAUAUCCAUCAUCCACAAAGGGCCCGGGCUGAUUUUAUCCCCAACAGUGCUGAAUUUGGUGGUGCAGAAAUUCCUGAAAAACUACCCAGAUAUAUCAGAGCUGCUGCAGAAAGUGCGGGCCAUCUGUGCGCGCUUUCUGCAUUUUCACCCUGCUGCUUCUCGUCUGCGCUGCAGCAUAACUUCGGCCUUCCCACUCUCCGCCUCAUAUGCACCGUGCCCACAAGGUGGAACUCCACCUUGCACAUGCUGAAGAGACUGUGCGAGCAGCAGCAGGCGAUAGUUGAGUUUAAGCUGCAGCACGCACGGGUCAGUCACUCUGCGUAACAGCACCACUUCACCGCCAAUGAGUGGGCAUCCAUGUGUGCCCUGUUGCACUGUUUCGAGUACUCCACCAACAUGGCCAGUGCCGCUGAUGCCGUUCGCAGCCUUACUAUUCCUCUUCUAUGUCUCCUUGAAAAAAACACUUUUGGCGAUGAUGGAAGAGGAUGUGGCACAGGAGGAAGAGGAGGAGGAAGUUAUCAGGCCAGUCAUUCACAAGUGGCUUGGACGGUGGGUUCCUGCACCAGCAUAGGCCAGGUACACAAUUGUCCAGCCUGGGAGGAUGAGGAGGAGGAGGAACCGUAUUCACAGCAGGGUGGCACCCAACGCAUGCUGCAGUGCCUGCGCAAUGACUGCCGAGUUGCCCACAUUCUAACUUGUGCUGAUUGUGGGGUGGACCCCAUGCAGGAUCCCCAUUACAAGGACAACGUGCCGUCCUUAAUUCACUCACUGGAGCAUGAUCGGAAGAUGCGCAACUACAAGCGCACGCUGAUAGACGCGGUGCUGAGGGCAUUCCCAACUGACACCGGAGGCUCAGUGGAAGCACAAGGCGAAGGCAGAGGAGGAGGAAGAGGUCGUCAAUGCAGCUGGGGCACCGCCAGCACCUCAGAAUGCAGGGUUAUCACAGACCAGACCAGCUGUCUGUCCACAGCCAACGUGGAUAAGCUCACAUUUAUUAAAAUGUGCUAGGCAUGGAUCCCACCAGACUUGUCUGUACCUUGUGCAGAAUAGACAUUUAUACCGGCCUUACCCAGCCAUUGUUAUACUCAAGUGCACUUAUUCUUUGUUUUCUUUUUUUAUAUGUCCCAAUAUUUUGGGGGCUACCCCAAUUAAAAAAACAAAAAAACAAAACAGUGUUGGCUACCUCCUCCUCCUCAUUAGACGCUUCCACCUACUCCGCCACGGUCACCGCCUCCUCAACCUCCUACUCCACAUCCACCUCCUCCUCCUAGUUCAUGAUUAUUAUUUUAAAUUUUUAUGUAUGUUAAGUUAUUUCCCUAUCCACAUUUGUUUGCAGGGCACUUGUCCUACUCUUACGCCCAUUUUACUUCCUUUUGCAGUCCUCUAGCCCUUUCCAGGACUUUUUUAGAGCCAUUUUAGUGCCCAAAAGUUUGGGUCCCCAUUGACUUCAAUGGGGUUCAGAUUCUGGGUCAAGUUCGAGUCAAGUUCGUGGCCGAGCUCAAACUUUUUGCCGAUACCCGGCGCACCCGAACAUCCAGGUGUCUGCUCAACUCUAGAGUAGUGAUGUCCCGAACUGUUCGCUGGCGAAUAGUUCCUGGCGAACAUCGCUUGUUCGCGUUCGCCACGGAUGGCGAACAUAUGCGCUGUUCGGUCCGCCCCCUAUUCAUCAUCAUUGAGUAAACUUUGACCCUGUACCUCACAGUCAGCAGACACAUUCCAGCCAAUCAGCAGCAGACCCUCCCUCCCAGACCUCCCACCCCCUGGACAGCAUCCAUUUUACAUUCAUUGUGAAGCUGCAUUCUUAGUGAGAGGAGGGACAGUGUAGCUGCUGCUGAUUUGAUAGGGAAAUUGAUAGCUAGGCUAGUGUAUUCAGUGUCCACUACAGUCCUGAAGGACUCAUCUGAUCUCUGCUGUAAGGACAGCACCCCAAAAAGCCCUUUUUAGGGCUAGAACAUCAGUCUGCUUUUUUUUUCUGUGUAAUGUAAUUGCAGUUGCCUGCCUGCCAGCCUGUGUGUCAGGCUCACAGCAUAUACUUUGCCCACUUGCCCAGUGCCACCACUCACUCACUGGUGUCCCAAUAGCUUGCAUUUAAAAAAAACUAAAACUUUUUUGACUGUAAUAUAAUAGCAGUCAGUUUCCUUCAUGAGUGUGCGUUUCAGGGCCUGCCCAGUGCCACCAGUCAUUUACUGGUGUCCCAAUAGCUUGCAUUUAAAAAAAAAAAAAACUUUUUUGACUGUAAUAUAAUAAGUUAUUUCCCUAUCCACAUUUGUUUGCAGGGCACUUGUCCUACUCUUACGCCCAUUUUACUUCCUUUUGCAGUCCUCUAGCCCUUUCCAGGACUUUUUUAGAGCCAUUUUAGUGCCCAAAAGUUUGGGUCCCCAUUGACUUCAAUGGGGUUCAGAUUCUGGGUCAAGUUCGAGUCAAGUUCGUGGCCGAGCUCAAACUUUUUGCCGAUACCCGGCGCACCCGAACAUCCAGGUGUCUGCUCAACUCUAGAGUAGUGAUGUCCCGAACUGUUCGCUGGCGAAUAGUUCCUGGCGAACAUCGCUUGUUCGCGUUCGCCACGGACUGCGAACAUAUGCGCUGUCCGGUCCGCCCCCUAUUCAUCAUCAUUGAGUAAACUUUGACCCUGUACCUCACAGUCAGCAGACACAUUCCAGCCAAUCAGCAGCAGACCCUCCCUCCCAGACCCUCCCACCUCCUGAACAGCAUCCAUUUUACAUUCAUUGUGAAGCUGCAUUCUUAGUGAGAGGAGGGACAGUGUAGCUGCUGCUGAUUUGAUAGGGAAAUUGAUAGCUAGGCUAGUGUAUUCAGUGUCCACUACAGUCCUGAAGGACUCAUCUGAUCUCUGCUGUAAGGACAGCACCCCAAAAAGCCCUUUUUAGGGCUAGAACAUCAGUCUGCUUUUUUUUUUCUGUGUAAUGUAAUUGCAGUUGCCUGCCUGCCAGCCUGUGUGUCAGGCUCACAGCAUAUACUUUGCCCACUUGCCCAGUGCCACCACUCACUCACUGGUGUCCCAAUAGCUUGCAUUUAAAAAAAACUAAAACUUUUUUGACUGUAAUAUAAUAGCAGUCAGUUUCCUUCAUGAGUGUGCGUUUCAGGGCCUGCCCAGUGCCACCAGUCAUUUACUGGUGUCCCAAUAGCUUGCAUUUAAAAAAAAAAAAAACUUUUUUGACUGUAAUAUAAUAGCAGUCAGUUUCCUUCACAAGUGUGCGUUUCAGGGCCUGCCCAGUGCCACCACUCACUCACUGGUGUCCCAAUAGAUUGCAUUUAAAAAAAAAAAAAAACCUUUUUGGACUGUAAUAUAAUAGCAGUCAGUUUCCUUCACGCGUGUGCGUUUCAGGGCCUGCCAGGGCACAGUGUCACACCAGUGCAACUCAUAUCUGGUGUAACAGUAGUGUACAUUUAAAAAAAAAAAUGUUUUGACUGUAAUAGAUUGAAAAGCAGUUAGUUGUCUUCAAGUGUGUGUGUGUCAGGCCUACAGUGUCUACUCUGCCAACUUCUGCCACUGCACAGUGCCACUCAUAUCUGUUGUCACAGUAGCUUGCACGCAUGGUACCACUAAUCGAAAAAAAAAUUACAGGCAGAGGCAGGCCACCCCACAGGGGCCGUCGUGGUCGCUGUGAUUCCCUUGGGCCCUAGAAUAAUGCCCAGUGUUCAGAGGCCACGUACCCUGAACUCGAAAAGUUCUGAGGACAUAGUUGACUGGCUAACACAGGACACCCAAUCUUCUCCUGCUUCCGCUCGGAACCUUGACGCACAAUCCUCCUCCAGCUUAGCUUCGGGCACCUCUCAAGUUACCACUCGCCCGCCUGCCGCCACCACCAACACUAGCACCACAGCAGCUUCACUUGAUAUGUCAGAGGAGUUAUUUACACAUCAGUUGGAAGAAAUGAGUGAUGCGCAACCAUUAUUGCCAGAGGAUGUAGAUAACAGGGAUAUGUCUCAGUCAGGCAGCAUUACACACAUGGACAUACGGUGUGAUUAUGAUGAUGUUGUACCCGCUGCUGCUUCCUUUGCUGAGUUGUCAGAUACAAGUGAAGCGGUUGAUGAGGGGUGCCCGCUAGAAGAGAAGAAGAACAGGGGGAAAGUUCAGAUGGGGAGACAGAGAGGAGGAGGAGGAGACGAGUUGGAAGCAGGGGGAGGUCAUCACAAGGAGCUAGUGGCACAGUCACGGGUGCAUCGACACCCAGGGUCAGCCAGACAGCAUGCCAAUCAACGCAUGCUGUUGCCACCACCAGAAUGCCAUCAUUGCAGAGCUCAGCAGUGUGGCAUUUUUUUUGUGUCUGCCUCUGACAACAGCGAUGCCAUUUGCAACCUGUGCCAAAAGAAAGUGAGUCGUGGGAAGUCCAACACCCACCUAGGUACAACUGCUUUGCGAAGGCACAUGAUCGCACAAUACAAACGCAUAUGGGAUCAACACAGGAGUACAAGCAGCACACAAACUCAAAGCCGCCAUCCUCCUCCUGGUCCAGCAUCUUCAGCCACGUUAACCACUGCUGUCCUCCUUGCCCCCUCUCAACCAUCUGCCCCUCCGUCUCUCGCCUUGAGCAGUUCCUGCUCAUCUGCCCACACUCAGGUGUCUGUCAAGGACAUGUUUGAGCGUAAGAAGCCAAUGUCACAAAGUCACCCCCUUGCCCGCGUCUGACAGCUGGCUUGACUGAACUCUUAGCCCGCCAGCUUUUACCAUACAAGCUGGUGGAGUCUGAGGCGUUCAAAAAAUUUGUAGCUAUUGGGACACCGCAGUGGACGGUACCCGGACGAAAUUUCUUUGCACAAAAGGCAAUCCCUAACCUGUACUCAAUUGUGCAAAAGGAAGUAAUGGCAUGUCUGGCACACAGUGUUGGGGCAAGGGUCCAUCUGACCACUGAUACCUGGUCUGCAAAGCAUGGUCAGGGCAGGUAUAUCACCUACACUGCGCAUUGGGUAAACUUGCUGACAGCUGCCAAGCAUGGAAUGCGUGGCUCUGCAGAGGAGUUGGUGACACCGCCAGACUUGCAGGCAGGCCUGCUGCCACCUCCUCUACUCCUCCUACUCCAUCCUCUUCCAUAACCUCCUUGGCUGAGUCCUCUUCUGCUGCUGCGUCUUGCUCCACAUCAACGGCACCCCUCCAGCUCCCCAGGUACUAUUCCACAUCCCGGAUACGGCAGUGUCAAGCCGUCUUGGGGUUGACUUGCCUGAAAGCAGAGAGUCACACCGGACCAGCACUCCUGUCCGCCCUGAACGCACAGGUGGAUCAGUGGCUGACUCCGCACCAACUGGAGAUCGGCAAAGUGGUUUGUGACAACGGAAGAAAUUUGUUGGCGGCAUUGCAUUUGGGCAAGUUGACACAUGUGCCGUGCAUGGCACAUGUGUGUAAUCUGAUCGUACAACGCUUUGUGCAUAAGUACCCAGGCUUACAGGACGUCCUGAAGCAGGCCAGGAAAGUGUGUGGCCAUUUCAGGCAUUCCUACACGGCCAUGGCGCACUUUUCAGAUAUCCAGUGGCGAAAAAUAUGCCAGUGAGGUGCUUGAUUUGCGACAGCCCGACACGUUGGAAUUCAACACUCCUAAUGUUCGACCACCUGCUCCAACAAGAAAAAGCCGUUAAUGAGUAUUUGUAUGACCGGGGUGCUAGGACAGCCUUUGUGGAGCUGGGAAUUUUUUUGACACGUUACUGGACGCUCAUGCGCAAUGCCUGUAGGCUCAUGCGUCCUUUUGAGGAGGUGACAAACCUAGUCAGUUGCACCGAAGGCACCAUCAGUGACAUCAUACUAUUUGUUUUCAUCCUGGAGCGUGCCCUGUGAAGAGUGCUGGAUCAGGCCGUAGAUGAGCGUGAAGAGGAAGAGGAAGAGUUGUGGUCACCAUCACCACCAGAAACAGCCUUAUCAGCAUCGCUUGCUGGACCUGCGGCAACGCUGGAAGAGGAUUGUGAGGAAGAGGAGUCAGAGGAGGAAUGUGGCUUUGAGGAGGAGGAGGAAGACCAACCACAACAGGCAUCCCAGGGUGCUCGUUGUCACCUAUCUGGUACCCAUGGUGUUGUGCGUGGCUGGGGGGAAGAACAUACCUUCAGUGAGAUCAUUGAGGACGAGGAACUGUCAUGCCUGUUGAGGGACCCUGGUAUAAAAAGGCUGCAGGAGAACGACCUGUACUGGGUGUCCACGCUACUAGACCCCCGGUACAAGCAGAAAGUGCCUGAAAUGUUACCAAAUUACGGCAAGGCGGAAGGGAUGCAGCAGUUCCAAAAUCAAUUUAAAAAUAUGCUUUACACAGCGUAUAAGGGUAAUGUCACAGCACAACGGGAAUCUAACAGGGGAAGAGGUGAAAGUAAUCCUCCUCCUCCCACGACCACGCCGGCAAGGACAGGACGCUUUACAGACGUGUUGUUGAUGGAGGACAUGCAGAGCUUUUUAAAUCCUACGCAUCGCCACAGCCCUUCGGGGUCCACCCUCAGAGAACGACUCGACCGACAGGUAGUAGACUACCUCGCCUUAAUUGCAGAUAUCGACACUCUGAGGAGCGAUGAACCCCUUGACUACUGGGUGUGCAGGCUUGAUUAGAACUUCUGGCCUGCCCCGCUUCAAGUGUCCUGUCAGAAAGGACCUUCAGUGCAGCAGGAGGUAUUGUCACUGAGAAGAGAAGUCGCCUCGGUCAAAAAAGUCUAGAUUACCUCACCUUUAUUAAAAUGAAUGAGGGAUGGAUCCCGAAGGGACUGACAGUGGGCGAUACAUUCUACUAAAAAAGGCCUGAUGAGGGGGACGUAACAGGGUAUCGCGGCUGCCAGCCCGCUGCAUGAUAUUUAAAUCCCUAGCUCACCCCAGUACCUUGCCCUGUCGUGGUUUUCUGUUCCUUGUUUCCUGAGAGUGCUUUAUCAUUGUGAAUCUAAUUUCCUGGUAUCCUGAUCUUGGCUUUUCCCUGGUUAUUCUGAAUUCUGGUUUCCCUGACUUGGCUUGUGUAAACGGUAUUGUGUAUUUUCUGGCUUCCUUGACCUCGGCUUUCCCUUUGACCAUUCUCUGUCUCUAGCGUAUUAGUCCAGCCAUUCUAUGCCCUGUCCUUUUAUUUUCCUUUUCUUGCCUAUGUAUAUGUUUACAUAGUUUCUGCGUGCUGAACCACACUAGUAGUCGUGACAUUGGGAUUAAACUGAUAAGAAUAGUACUACUUAACACACCACUCCUAUCUGGUGGCACAUUAGAUUGCACGCGCAGUGCCCCAAAUUUGAAGAAGGAGGACCGACCAAGCAUCUUUUUCCAUCUCCCGGUUCCUAAAAUCGAUGCCAUAUACACGUCCCCUGAUAGGGGACGUAACAUGGAUUAAACUGAUAAGAAUAGUACUACUUAACACAAAACUCCUAUCUGGUGGCACAUUAGAUUGCACGCAGUGCCCCAAAUUUGAAGUAGGAGGACCGACCAAGCAUCUUUUUCCAUCUCCCGGUUCCUAAAAUCGAUGACAUAUACACGUCCCCUGAUAGGGAACGUAACAGGGAUUAAACUGAUAUGAAUAGUACUACUUAACACACCUUAUAAUAACGCAGAGAGAGGCAAGGCAGAGAGAGGAGUCUGAAGAAGAGGAGUUAGAGGAGGAAGGUGGCUUUGAGGAGGUGGAAGACCAAACACAGCAGGCGUCCCAGGGGGCUUGUUGUCACCUUUUGGGGACCCUUGGUGUUGUAUGUGGCUGGGUGGAGGAAGAGACCUUCAAUGACAUAAGUGAGGACAAGGAACGGGACAUGGCUAGCUUGGUAUCCAACCUUGUGCAAAUGGGGAGUUUGCGGUUGUGCAAAUGGACUGUUUGCGGUUGUUUGCGGUGCGUUAAACAGGGAGUUUGGUCUGUCACUGUGAAGCGGGCGUAACCCUUACACUACCUGAUCGAUACAACAUCAUACCUGAUGUUUUAAAGCACGUUAUUCCAAACAAUUUAGGAAUGUUAGGUGAUUUAUGCCCUUUAUGGAUUAAAACCAGACUCUGCAUCAACUAUGUAAUUUUCCAUGGGAGUUUUGCCAUGGAUCCCCCUCCGUCCAGGUGUUAGUCCCCUUGAAACAACUUUUCCAUCACUAUUGUGGCCAGAAAGAGUCCCUGUGGGUUUUAUAAUUCUCCUGCCUAUUGAAGUCUAUGGCGGUUCGCCCGGUUCGCCAGUUCGCGAACAUUUGCGGAAGUUCGCGUUCGCCGUUCACGAACCGAAAAUUUUAUGUUUGCGGCAUCACUACUCUAGUGAUAACUAUAUAGAGGAAGGCAUCUAAUCAAGGCUAAACAAUGUGAGAGCAAAAUUAUCUUCUAUAUCACUAAAUUUGGCCAAAAUCAAUGUCAGGGGCAAAUAUUGAAUGGUUAAUAAAAAAAAUAAUAAAAAAUUAAUAAAACAUUGUAUCAUGUCCAUUGGAAUAAGUUAAGGAUAUAAGCAGUCCUACCACUGGCUGUGUAUGAGUACAAGUAUAAUGUGUUACUCUAGUAAGUAACAUAUACACUGUUAAAAAAAAUAAAGGGAACACUUAAACAACACAAUGUAACUCCAAGUCAAUCACACUUCUGUGAAAUCAAACUGUCCACUUAGGAAGCAACACUGAGUGACAAUCAAUUUCACAUGCUGUUGUGAAAAUGGGAUAGACAACAGAUGGAAAUUAUAAGCAAUUAGCAAGACACCCCCAAAAAAGGAGUGUUUCUGCAGGUGGUAACCACAGACCACUUCUCAGUUCCUAUGCUUCCUGGCUGAUGUUUUGGUCACUUUUGAAUGCUGGCGGUGCUUUCACUCUAGUGGUAGCAUGAGACGGAGUCUACAACCCACACAAGUGGCUCAGGUAGUGCAGCUCAUCCAGGAUGGCACAUCAAUGCGAGCUGUGGCAAGAAGGUUUGCUGUGUUUGUCAGCGUAGUAUCCAGAGCAUGGAGGCGCUACCAGGAGACAGGCCAGUACAUCAGGAGACGUGGAGGAGGCCGUAGGAGGGCAACAACCCAGCAGCAGGACCGCCACCUCCGCCUUUGUGCAAGGAGGAACAGGAGGAGCACUGCCAGAGCCUUGCAAAAUGACCUCCAGCAGGCCACAAAUGUGCAUGUGUCUGCUCAAACGGUAAGACUCCAUGAGGGUGGUAUGAGGGCCCGACGUCCACAGGUGGGGGUUGUGCUUACAGCCCAACACUGUGCAGGACGUUUGGCAUUUGCCAGAGAACACCAAGAUUGGCAAAUUCGCCACUGGCACCCUGUGCUCUUCACAGAUGAAAGCAGGUUCACACUGAGCACAUGUGACAGAUGUGACAGAGUCUGGAGACGCCGUGGAGAACUUUCUCCUGCCUGCAACAUCCUCCAGCAUGACCGGUUUGGCAGUGGGUCAGUAAUGGUGUGGGGUGGCAUUUCUUUCGGUGGCCGCACAGCCCUCCAUGUGCUUGCCAGAGGUAGCCUGACUGCCAUUAGGUACCGAGAUGAGAUCCUCAGACCCCUUGUGAGUCCAUAUGCUGGUGCGGUUGGCCCUGGGUUCCUCUUAAUGCAAGACAAUGCUAGGCCUCAUGUGGCUGGAGUGUGUCAGCAGUUCCUGCAAAACAAAGGCAUUGAUGCUAUGGACCGUUACCCAGACCUGAAUCCAAUUGAGCACAUCUGGGACAUCAUGUUUCGCUCCAUCCACCAAUGUCACGUUGCACCACAGACUGUCCAGGAGUUGGCAGAUGCUUUAGUCCAGGUCUGGGAGGAGAUCCCUCCAGAGACCAUCCAUCACCUCAUCAGGAGCAUGCACAGGUGUGACGAAGUGCCCUUCGCCACUUGGUCCUGGAGAGGCCUGCUUGCCAGCCUCCUCCCCUGUGACUAUGACUCUUUUCUGUAUUUGGUUUUAAAGCCCCUAGUCUACCUUCAGACAGACUAUUUAUGUAGGCUGCAUUAUUUAUCUUAUGUUUUAGUCACCCUGUACCCAUUAUAGGUGCAGGGUGUGUGUAAUGUAAUUGUUUAUAGUGUGUGUGUGUGUGUACUGUGAAAUGUAUUGCCUGCUCUUCUGUACUGCUGAGGUUUGCUACCAACUAGGUGGGUUUGGCUAUGGAGCUUGUCUAGUGCCCUCUGUUGGUAGCAACAGCAAUAUGCACUACCUGAAUUGCAAGACUGGUUCAUUUGCAUAUUUGGGUAGAUUUGCAUAUUGCUAAUUCUGCAGGCAGGUGAGAUAUUUACUGUUAAAUAUUGUCUCCCCCACCCCUUUAAAAAUGUGCCAUUGUGUUGUUAUAAGUCACUGUGUGUUGCCUGCUAUGGUUUAACUGGUUUUGAUUUUAUUGAGGUUUCACAACAAUGUUAUUGUGGUGACCCUAUUGGCUGGUCCCAAGGGAAAUAAAGGUUUUGACAGUUCUUCUUGAUCCCUCUAAACGUAGCCUUGUCUCGUUAUUGGAGGGAGCUGUUAUAAUCACACUGGGGAUUGCUAUGCUCUGCAUGCUCCCCUGAGCUUGAGUCACUUAGCUCUUUUAAGAGCUUGUUCCUGACACGCUCUCCUGACACAGUCCUGGAUGCUGGAGGUUCAUACAGGGUGGAAGGGAGAGUUCUUUCCCACACAGUCCUGGAGGACAGAAGCUGAUCCCGGGUGGAAGGAAGACGGCAAGACUCCAGUCAAGAUACGGCGGUUGCGGAGUCUGUUGUGGUUGUGGUGUCUGCUGCAGUGCUUGGAGUCCUCAGGAAGCGCUAGGAGCAUCCAUCAACGGAGGGUACUCAGUCGGAGUACAAGGAGCUCCGUUACAACAGGCAUUGUAGGGAGAUCAUGCAGGCACGUGGAGGCCACACACACUACUGAGCUUCAUUUUGACUUGUUUUAAGGACAUUACAUCAAAGUUGGAUCAGCCUGUAGUGUGUUUUUCCACUUUAAUUUUUAGUGUGACUCCAAAUCCAGACCUCCAUGGGUUGAAAAAUUUUAUUUCCAUUUUUUUAUUUUUGUGUGAUUUUGUUGUCAGCACAUUUAACUAUGAACAAAGUACUUGAGAAGACUAUUUAAUUAAUUCAGAUCUAGGAUAUGUUAUUUUUGUGUUCCCUUUAUGUCUCAUCUCAUCUCACCUGCAGCAGAUAAUCAAGGUUCAAAAAAGGUACCAUUCAAAAAGAGUAUAUACUAAAGCUAGUCGAAUAACCAGCUGUGAAAAUGAAAAAUGGUAAAUGACCAAAGCAAAAAAGGCUCAAAAAUCUAGUAUUCCUAUUACAUAUAACUUACCUGUUGUCUAGUUGGCCAAACUAUCCCGGGAUUGCAAAUGGGGUAUGUUCAGUCUUUUUUAGUAGCCACUUAGUCACAAACACUGGCCAAAGUUAACAUUCAUAAUAGCUUUUUGCAUUUUUAAUACACAAACAAAUAUAAAUGCUAGCUUUCGCUUGUGUUUGUGACUAUAUGGCUACUAAAAAAGACUGGACAUAUGCCAUAUUGAAUACCCUGGGUUGUCUACUUUUCAAAAAUAUAUAGUUUGAUGGGGGUAAAUUACACUGGCCGGCUUCAAAAAUGUCCCAAAUAGGACAUGGUUGCAUGAUGACCAUCUGUGAAAAUGCCAAGUUGGAAAACUGAAAUGCGCACCCUCCAAAUAAGGUAUUUUAGCCCCCAGAGAACCCAACACACCUAUACAUGGUUGGUAUCACUGUACUCAGGAGAUGUUGCUGAACACAUAUUGGGGUGUCCUUUGGCAGCAACCCUUAAAGUUCUCAGUACAUGUAUUCUUAAAUUGCAACAUGUGUCAAAAAAAUCACCAAUUAUUUUUUUUAUUUUUUGCAUAGAUUUGUGGUACAAUGGUUGCAUGAAAAGAGUCAAAAUACCCCAAGUUUAAUACCUUAGGUUGUCUUCCUUUAAAAAAUAUAUAAAUGUGAAGGGUUAUUGAGGGAUUAUUCAGAUAUCAGUGUUAAAAUGUAACUUUUAUUAAUUUUGAAAAAAAUAGUUUGGAAAUAGCAAUGUGCUACUUGUACGUAUUGCCCUACAACUUUCCAAACAAAGCUAAGAACAUGUUAACAUUGGGUAUUUCUAAACUCAGGACAACAUUUUUAAACGAUUUAGCAUGGGUGUUUUUUGGCAGUUGUAGAUACGUAACAGAUUUUGAGGUCAAAGUUAAAAAAAGUGUGUUUUUAAAUUUUGUCAGCAUAUUUUGUCAUCAUAUUUUCAUUUUUUAUUGGAAAUUAUAUGAUAUGAUGAAAAUAAUGGUAUCUCUAGAAAGACCAUUUAUUGGCGAUAAAAAUUGUAUAUAAUAGGUGUGGGUACAGUAAUUGAGUAAGAGGAAAAGGACAUUCAAACAUUCUAACAAAGAUUUUCCUUCAUGAUUGGUAACGGACUUUUGAAUGCAACAGAAGUACAGAGUCAUAACUAUCCGUAUCAUCACAUAUAAUUGUAAAUAAUCAUGACUAUAGUGGUCAACCUUUUGCAAAAUUAGUCAUCUGGACUACAAUUUUAAGUCAGUUUUAAAUAUUUUUAGCUACCAGUGAACAAAAACUUUUACGAAUUAGUGUGGAACAACACUCCCUGGGAGCCAGGGGGAACUCCCCUUAUUUCAUCCUUGAGCGCUCCUGACAUUUGACUGGCCAAAGCCCCAAUGGCUCUGGAACUCUUUUCAGCAUUGAUCGUGGGUGUGGCUAGUCAAAACUUUACCCCGGUAGUGACUUGUCAUCUCUUAAUGGAUCCGUGCAAUUAGGUGGAGGAGAGCAGUUGCUACUUCUCCCCAUGGCUGUUGAACGUCUCAAAACUGUUGAAGAUUAUAUGGAAUUGUAUAGAUGAUGACAUUUUCCAGCCACAGACACUUACAGGUUUAAAUGAUUUUAAAGAAAUAGGCUACAAAGAUAACGUUUUAGAAAAUGCAUAUCAUGGAUCUAACCUUGAAGAGAGGACUCUAUUAUUGGAACAAAAAAAAAACUGGUUAAAUCAAUAAAAGAUAAAUAAAUAUCCUUUAUAUGUGACUUAAUUUGUAAAAGUUACUAUGUAAAGAAGAUUUUUGUUUAUUUAAGUUAACAUCAGAUAUGUGUUCCGUCAUUUGAAUUCAGGAGAUUGUGCGUUUUCAUCAAUCGGCAGAGACUAAUAUCAUCAUUUCCUUUAAGUUUUUUUUUUUUUUUUUUUAAAUAUCUGUUUAUUUCAAGGUUCUCCUGCCAUACAUUUUUUUGUAUGAGUCAAGCAAAACAGAACAGAACAGUAUAGUACACAACACGCAGGUCUGUAUCAAUUAAGCAUAGAACCAUGGAACUCACAAGUUCCAUGAACAUUUAAGCAGCUUGUGAGACACUCAGGUCUCCAUUGUUAUUGGGUUAGUUGCAUGCCAGUUGGUUACUAGUUAGUGGACAGUUGCAAUUACUCUCUAACAUCAAAAGAAAAGAAGAUAAUAAAGGGGAAGAAACAGCGUUUCAGUAACAGUGAUUGUGUGAGGUCACUAUCCCAGUGACCAUUUGAACGUUUGUCCACGUGGUGCCGGUAUGUGUCUCUCCCACCACGCGGGUGGAGCAGUGUCUGUGGUGGAACCAACCUCGUCACUGUGCACUGGAGAAGCCUGGUUGCUCGCCUGCUCCCUUUAGACUAUGGCCCUGCAGUUAAAACCGGUUAUCUUCCCUGAUGAAAGGCAUAUUCGUGCCUUUCUGCCGGGGUGUUCGGUAGAUUCAGUCUACCGAACAAAGUAACGAACGAUGGACCACCUGAGAACUGGGCCGUCAAUUGACCGCCCAGAAGUUGCGGUUAACUGCAGCUUAAUUGAUGAACGCUGGGUGGCCUUUGUUCGUUUGCCGAACACGUGGCAGCGGAAAUUUUAACUCCCAAACGGCCAGCGGUGUUCAGCACCCAAACUAUGGAACUGAAAACGGACACUUAUUUGCGCGAACACCGCUGAGCCGCCAGCCUCCUUACCUCUGCAUUCAGUAGUGGAACCGAAUCACUGUUCAUUCGGUAGUUUGACCGUAUGAACAGCAUCACCCCAGAUAGCUAUGCCAUGGAGCCUAUUCGUGUAACGAAAGACUAUGGGAAAGACUUUGGCUCCAUGGCAAUUGAACUGUAUGUAUGGUAUCUGAGCGCCAUUCGGUAGUAAUGUGCGCUCAGUUCUAAGCUAUCUGGGGAUAUGUAGAAUGUAUAUAUUUUACGUGACAAAUGUAACAUUAUGAAUGUUAUUGUAUUUUAGUGUUUUAUUGUAACCAUGUGGUUAAUGGAGUUUUGCCUCUGUCCUUGGAGAUAAUUGGAUUACUUCCCAAUUAUCUCCAGGACAGAGAGGAGGGAAGGGAUUGUGAUGCAUUGUGGGAUUGUAAGCUUGUGAUUGGUUAAUGUCCAAUAUGUUUCCCAGUUUCCCAUCUGGUCUCCUAGGGGAGUGUCCACCAGGUGGGAGACCUGCAUAAAAGCCGGGCAGUUAGCCCCAGUAAACCAGUUCUGCUUGAUCCUCAAACGAAGUGUCGUCUCGUCAUUGGGGGAAUUGGAUUGUAUGCUGAUUGCCAGGAGUGUAAGCUGAUUGUAGGCUUUUCCUGUUCGGCUGUUUCCAGUAUUCGUGUAGUUUGCAGUUCAGGAGAUUGGUGCUUACAGUAGCUGUCGGGGCAUCUGGAAAGGGGAAUAUCACCUAAACGGUUUUUAACCUCUUGUGUAUAAAACGGUCCGUUACAGUGUCCUAGUCACCAGUGGCUACUAUCAAUAGGUGCAUCCCUAUAAAAGGCUCCCUGCAUGGAGAAAUGGAGGGAAGGAGGGUAGUAAGGGAAAUAGAAGUAAAGUUUUGCUCUCUGUGAGUUGGGUUGUGCCCAUAUUAACACAUCUGUCCAUCUCUAAUGGUGGUGUCAGAAGUGUUGUACUGCAAUAGCAUUUUAAAGUCAGCGGAAUCUGUUGACAGAAUCCACUGAGCCCAGAUAUUCAGGUAAGUUUGGGGUCUCUCACUGCUACGGAAGUUCUUUGGAGGAGCUCGUGGAGCUAUGUCUUUCUUCCAGAAUAAUGUCCCCUUGGCGACAUUCAAGAUGUGUAUCGUCAGUGAGUUUUUGUAUGUGGAUGUGUGGUGUAAAAGAAUCAGUGCCGGUCUGAAGGGGGGGGGGGGGGCAAGUCAUCUGAUAAUCUUGGAAUGAUCAUUUUCCAGAAUGAGUUUUAUUGAUAAGCACUCCCACCAAAGAUGAAGUAGGGUGCCCACCACUCUACCACACCUCCAGCAACUGUUAUCUAUGGUUGGUAUCACUGCAUGUAGGGACUGGGGAGUCCUGUACCAGUAGGUUAGCAAGUUGUUCUCUUGCAUUUUACUGGACACUGCACAGUGUAGUGUGAGAUCACAGAUGUUGUGCCACUGUGUGGGAGUUAGUGUUUCUCCUAAGACCUCUUCCCAUUUCCCCAUAAAGUGAGGUGUUGGUGUUUGCUGCUAUGUGAGGAGCAUAAUGUAUAAGGUUGAUAUCCCAUGUUCUAAAGGGUCAUUGUCUGUGCAGAUCACUUCCAUUGGAGUGAGGUCUCUGGUCAGGAGGGGUUUCAAGUAGAACAGAGGAAGUCCGUCAGAUGUUUAUAUCUGAAGCAUUGCAUGAAGUGAACAGGUGUCGGAGAUUGGGGGAAUGUCUGUGCCUAUCAGCCUCUGAAAUGAUUUUGGUUAUAGUCCUCGAGAAAAGGCCAUGUGGGUACAAGGGUACAAGGGUGUUGGGUAUGAUGAAAGGGCCAGUUGUGGGGCCUGGGUGUGCCAUACUGUGAUGAUUGCCUUAAUGAGUGGGUGUCAGGCUACUAGUUUGUCACUGUGUGUUGGGUCCAGCCAGGGUAUGACCGCCAUGGGCCUGCCCACCUGUUGGCUUCUAUUUCUUUUCACAGCUUAGUCACACCCUGUUUGGACCAUUUUACUUUCCUUUGCAGAUGAGUGGCUUGAUAGUACCGCUUAAAGUCUGGGAGAGCCAGACCUCCCUCCGACUUCGGCAAUGCGAGGAUGUCUUGUCGUAUGAGGGCAUUGGAGUUGCGCUAAACGAACCUCAGGAUCAGCGUGCGCUAUGUGACAAAAAAUGUUUUUGGAAUGGUUAUCGGUAUAGUUUGAAACAGGUAUAACACCCGUGGUAGGAGGGUCAUUUUGCCUAUCCCCACCCUGCCAAACCACGAGAGGUGUGGCAAUGACCAUUUCUCGAGGUCCUCCCCAGCCGCACUAAGAGAGGCUGGAAGUUGGCCCGGUAUAGCUGGGUGCAUUCCCUUGUGACCCAGAUCCCUAGGUAUUUCAAGGCUGAGUUUGUCCAUUUGAAGGUAAAGAGGCAUUGAAUGUGUAUGACCUGUUCUUUUAGGAAGGACACGUCAAGUAUCAAUUUUGAGUAAUUAUUUUUGAAAUUUGGUAGCGAGCCAUAUGUGUCAAAUUCUCUCAUUAUAUGUCUAAGUGAGCGGUCUGGGUUUGUCACGAAAAAUAGGUCAUCCACAUAGGUGUGGACCGUGUUGCUGUGUUGCCGUAGUGGGCCGUGGACCGUGUUGUCGAUUCUCAUCCCCUGUAUGUUUGGGUUCUGUCUGAUUGCUUGAAGGAAAGGUUCGAGGGCAAGGAGGAAGAGCAAGGGAGAAAGUGGGCAGCCCAGUCGUUACUGAAGGGGUCCGUGUGUGCUCCGUUAACACAAAGUCUGGCUGUGGGGCAGGAGUACAGGGAUUUGAUCCAGUUCAUAAUAUUCUGGCCCAUCCAUAUUUUUUGCAGGACUGCAAACAGGUAGUCCCAGUUUACUCUGUCGAAGGCCUUCUCUGCAUCUGUAGAUAGCAGGAGAAAGCCCUCUGAGGUGAAGGUAGAGUGAUGUAGGACAGCCAGGGCUCGUAUAAUGUUGUCCCUUGCCUCACUCUUGGGAACAAACCCCACCUGAUCCCUGUGUAUGAGACCCGCGGUCUCAUGGAGUCUCAUGGACAGUAUUUUCGUAAAUAAUUUCAGGUCACAAUUUAGUAGUGAGAUGGGCCUGUAGUUGACGCACCGCUCUUCAUCUCUGCCCUAUUUAGGGAUCAAUAAGAUGCUGGCUGCCAGGGUCUGUUGUGUCAUGGUGUUUCCCUCCCUGAGAGAGUUAUAUGCUUACAAACAUCAUGGUGUGAGUAUGUCUGCGUAUUUUUUUAUAGUAGCCUACAGACAGACAAUCUGGGCCUGUGCAUUUCCCAGUCUUUGCGAGUUUCAAGGCUAAGGCUAGUUCUUCUCCCGUGAGGGGCUCUUCUAGCUCUUGGAUCACCACUGCAGGGAGACGUUUAUCUAAGUGUCAUUCUAGGUAUUCCUUAAUGACCGUUUGGUGUCUGUCUCUGGUUGGGGUUGCAGGAGUAUAGAUCAGAGUAAUAUCAAUGAAGGACUCCAGCUAUGUCUGUGGGUAAGAGUUUCAGUCGGUUGUGUUUAUCCUACAUUUUGGGUAUGUAGGAAUUUGCUAGCCUUCUGGAUGUCAUUCAGGCUAGUAAGGACCCAUAUUUGUCUGUGUUAACAAAGAAGAAUGUUUUUGUUUGCGUGACCAUUUUCUGGUAUGAGUGAUUGAGUUGGGUCAAGAGUUCCCUAUGUAGGUUCGUCAGUUUGUGCCAGUUGUCAGGUCGCUCGGUCUGUUUGUAGGUCUCCUCAAGUUGUUGAAUUUCCUUUAAAAGGUGAGUUAAGCGUGCCUUCCAUUUUCUUUUAAUCACGGAGCCCUUUACUAUAAGUGCCCCUCUUAUGACAAAUUUGUGGGCUUCCCAGAGGCAUAUCGGUGUAAUUUCUUCCCUAUCAUUUUCUUCAAAAUAUGAUCAGAGGGAGGUACGAAUCUCUUGGAGAGUUAGCGGAUCCAUCAGGAGGGAUUCAUUGAGUCUCCAGCUCAUCGUGGUGGGCCUAUACAGUGUGGAUGUCAGGGUCAUCAUUAGUGGAGCAUGGUUGGACCAUGUGGUGGUGACUAUGCAGAUGGUCUGUUAGUCCGUUAGGUAAUAUAAUCCAGGCAAGAAUAUGAGUGGUUAGUGGUUGAGAAGAAAGUAAAGUCCCUGCUUUCGGCCCUCCAACAGUCCACUAGACUGUGGUCCCGAAGGGAGUUGUUUAUGGUUUGUAAGAUGUGUGUGGGUACUGCAGAGGUUCCUGUGGAUGUGUCCUGGCAUGGGUUUAGAGCAACAUUAAGAUCCCCCCGACGAUGAGGCACCCAUCAGCAGAUGGUCACAUGAUCCUGAAGCUCUGGGCUUCAUGUUCCGGAAUAACCAAAAUAAUGGAGCUGUUACCCCUACUAGCUGGAUUUCAGGGAUGUCACCUGUGAGCCCAGAAGACAUGGGGCACAAAUCUAAAAACCCCAAGCCUGACAGACCAAGCCUGGAGAUGAAUGUUGGAGAGCUGUGGAGGCAGGCACAGGGAGCGAGCGGACUAAAAAAUGGCCGUCCUCUCAGGAGGCUGCUCAGAUUUUUCAGAUGAGCUGUCUAUUGAAGCUGAGGAGGAAUGCUUACCUGCACUAAUGAGGCAGCGCCAGACUCCACUCCAGACACCACCGCUGCUCUGAAAGAGCUUCUGGUAGACCUGAAAAACACUCUCCAAGCAGAUAUGACAAUGAUCUGCGGAGGCCUACAGGGCCAGACAGGCUGCAUCGGAGUGCUGAAGGAUGCCUCCCACAAAGGCACACAGCCCAUAGAAACACUUCAACAAGUGGCCUGAGAGGCAGAACCAAAUGUAUGAGUGCUGCUUCGUGGCAGAAGAGGAUAUCCUCCGCUGGAACAAUCUGAAAAUCAGAAAGAUCAAGAAAGAUGUUCCAGAAGAUGAAUUGCCACAUCUUAUGAGGAGACUGCAGGUGGCUUUGCUGCAACCAUGGCAGACCAAAGCGGUAGCUCUAGAUGGCCUCUUUUGCAUCCCUAAACCAGCUAAGGCACCGGCAACUGUCCCAAGGGACCUGGUGAUCCUCUUCCAGAAUGGAAGACAAAGAUUUAUGUCUUUAAUAAUAACCCCAGGCUUCUUCUCCAGUAUAGUCCAAUUAAUAUAGACACCAGUUAAUUCCCCCUGCUGCAGGGUCCUAAAACCCAGUUAUAACCACUUAUCAGACAAGUGAGGCGUUACAACCUCCUCUAAGCACAAGGCUCUCUCUGCCUUAUCACUACUUUCCUAUCCAGGACCUACUGUUUUGUUUUGUUUUCACAUUUUAUUAUUUCAUGAUGUUUAAUUCUAACUGAUUAUGAGGCCUCCCUCCCUUUUAUCACAACACCCUGGACUAUUAGAGUUCAAUUCUCAAAUAUGUACUGACAAGCAGCAAAGGGUAUCCAUGUCACUCCUUGAUUAAGCCUGACACAGCAUGAAUUUUUUUUAGUUUUUGGUGACUUGCCAAAUAUAUAAAAUUGUGCAGUCUAUGUUAAGUUGUCUCUUAUACUGCUGUACUCAUCAUCUUUAUCAUUUUCAAUAUCGAACAAAAUGUUAUGACAUACUAAUCCACAACAAAAAAUAAAGAAUUAUAAAGAAGUCCUGAUAUGUGAAAUGGGUCAUUGCGAAAUUAAAUGGAUUUUUAAUUUAAACUCCUUAUCACAAUAUGGCCUUAAAAGUGACUUUUAAUUCUACCAUUUUUGAAGUGUUUUUACCUUAGGAUAUUUUUAUUUUUUUCCCCAUUUUUAGGAUAUUUUAAAUUUGAGAAGGUAUUCCAAAUUUUGUUAUAUAUAUAUAUAUAUAUUUUAUAUCAUUAUAUUUACAUAUGAGUGAAGGAAGAUGACAUUAUGAUUUUUCAUUAAUAUAUACCAUUUAUAAACAUGUUUUUUAUUAAAAUACAGAUUUUAUUCACAUGUAAGAUGAUGUAACAGAACCCCUGUUAUUACCUGGACCACAGACUAUAACAUUGUAAACCCCCUGGAUUUGUUACCUUGUAUCCGCUGCCAGUUUUAUAUUUGAAAGCAUACGAAUGGGAAAACGAAUGACACUGCUAACCCAUUCGUAUGAACGAACAAACUACCGAAUGAGAGACCACCUAGCCCAAUCGUGUGCCACCAAUUACAUUAGAGGGCCUCUAAUCUAUGUGAGUUUAUCUAUUUAUCUGUAUAUUCACUGAGAUGAAAUAGAAUUUCUACACUAUUUUGCUUUUGUGUAGCACAGAAGCUUCACAUUUUCACAGAUUACCAGGGAGUGAGACUUAAUUUCUCUCUAUCUGAUAACUCUAUUAGUUUUUGGUUACCACAAAUGCAUUUGAGACACUUUUUGUGUCUAUAAAUAUGUACUUAUCAUAGUGACUUGCAACUAUAUUUUAAGCUGUCUAAUUGUGGGCAGCUAACUCUGUGAUAUCUACACACGGACUAACUCAAUACACAGCUGUAGAGAUAAUUUAACCCUCUCAACCCCGGGUAUCUCACUUUUUACCUCUCUUAUUGAGAUUAUAUGGCAUGCCAGAAUAGACCUGUAUAAUAAAGUAUGUUGCAAUUUCAUAGCAAGCCAUACUCAGUACUAUUUUAGAUUAACAGCUAAUUUUAAGGAGUAGCCUUAUAAGGCUUGUAUUGUCAUUUUACUCAUUUUUUUUUCUGUAUUGUGAUUCUUGGUCACACAGUAUACAUAUUGAGACCAUACUUGAAAGGAUAUUACAUUUAUUCCAGACAGCACAUAUUCACACUGUGUGUAAUUAUGUAAUUGAACCGAGAGAGAAAAAGAGACCAGCGAGCUUGACGUUCAGACAGCCUUUUAGCUUCUGAAAUAUAUGAAAGAUUCUUAUGAUCUUUUAUUACAAAAAUAGGAUCUCUGGUGCCCUCUAACUAGUGUCUCCAUUCUUUGAAUGUGAAUACAACGGCCAACAAUUCUCCAUUACCAAUGUCCUAAUUUCUCUCGGCAUCGGAAAGCUUUUUUGAGAAGAAACAACAUGGAUGUAGACGUUGGGGUAAUAUAGUUCCAAUACCUUUUUCUGAGGCAUCAACCUCCAUAAUGAACAGUUUAGAUAGGUCAGGAAAAGUCAAGACAGGGGCUGUGGAAAAAACUGCCUUAAGUUUCUCCACAGCGGCUAGAGCCUCAGGAGUCCAAAUUAAAGGAUUGACUCUUUUCUUAGUCAUAUUGGUUAAUGGUGUUAUAAUGGAAGAAAAGUUGUGUAUAAACAUUUUGUAAUAUUUAGAAAACUCAAUAAAAUGUUGCAUUGCCUUCAGACCUUGUGGAAGGGGCCGAGUGAGAAUAGCCUUAAGUUUGGAGGGAUCCAUAGUAAAACCAGAUUCUGAGAUUACAUAGCCCAGAAACUGAACAGAAUGAUGAAAUGAUGAAUGAUGAAAAUGAUAGAAUUAUGAAAAUAAAUUUUUUCCAAUUUGCAAAACAAACUGUAUUCUAAUAACUUAGUAAGAACCAGUCGGACAUGUUUGUAUUGUGUCUCAAGAUCCGGUGAAUGUACAAGAAUGUCAUCCAGAUAUACAACAACGCAUAUAGGUAACAAUUAUCUUAAUGCAUCAUUGAUGAGAUCCUGGAAGACGGCCAGGGCAUUACACAACCCAAAAGGCAUAACCAAGUAUUCAUAAUGCUCACUACGGGUGUUAAAGGCUGUCUUCCGCUCAUCUCCUUAACGGAUCCUAGCCAAAUUAUAUGCACCCCUGAGGUCUAAUUUGGUAAAUUCCUUGGAACCUUUAAGGCGAUCAAACAGAUCAGUGAUUAAGAGGAUAUGAUAUACGCUGUGAACCAUAAUACGAUUCAAUCUCCUAUAAUCAAUACAAGGUAUGAGGUCUCCUUCCUUUUUUUAUACAAAGAAGAAUCCUGCACCAGCUUGGGAAGAAGACCUUCUAAUGAAACCUUUAGCUAAGGAUUAUAUGAUAUUCUUCCAUGACCAUGUUCUCCUUUACAGAAAGUAGAUAAACCCUUUCCUUAUGUGACAUGGUCACAGGAAGGAGAUCGAUCGCACAGUUAUAAGAGCGAUGAGGAGGAAGUUUGUCAGCCUUGUAUUUAUCAAAUACCUCACUACGGUCUAGAUAUUGCAGCGGUACCUCCAUGGAUAUAGGGAUAGCAGUGGGAACACUGAUUGUCAGUAUAGCCUUAAAGGAAGAAAGACAUUGCAUAUGACACUUGAUACUCCAUUUGGUUAUCUCCCCGGUUUCCAAAUCGAUUACUGGGUUAUGUUUAACAAACCAGGGUAACCCAGAACAACAGAACCAGAAGGAGAGGAUAGAACCUGAAAUGUGUUUUUCUCUGUAUGCAAGAUAUCCACCGUCAUUGAGAUAGGUAUGGUCUUAUGAGUGAUGAGCGGAGUACGUAGUGGCCUUCCAUCUAUGGCCUCAACGAAGGACAGGAACAGCAGAAUCAGCAACAAAAGUAGAAUCUAUGAAAUUAUCUGCUGCUCCUGAAUCUAUCAAGGUUUUAACAAGGAUGUUCUUCUCUCUGAUUUUAAGACUAAGUGACAGUAUUAACCUAGAUGUUUCAGGUUCAGGGAACAACGUCAUUACACCCAAGACCUGCUCCCUUUUAGGCCUUAGGUGUGAGAGUUUUCUGGACGGCUGGGACAUUCUUUCCUAAGAUGACUCUUCUGUCCACAAUAAAGGCAAAGUCCCUCUCUUCUUCUGAAAGACUUCUGAGCCUCGGAUAACUUUGUCACACCUUAUUGCAUGGGUACUGGGGAAGGAGCAGGUAAUGCAAGCGCAUCUCAAAUGGGUGGAGGUAAGGCAGGGCUCAUGACCAUUCUCCUUUGUCUCUCCUUUUGUAAGCAUCUAUCUCUGAGCUGAUUAUCUAUAUGUAUGCAAUAAUUUAUCACAUCAUUUAAAUCAGGAGGCACGUCUUUGGCCGCAAAUUUAUCCUGAAUGUUAUCUGCUAAACCAACUUGGAAAGCAGUAACCAAGCCACUAUUGGUCCAAAUUUUUCAGUUGUACUUUUGCAACUUUGCUUUCGAUUUUCUACAAUUCAGAGUUUAGUAAUUUAGUGAAGACCAUGUGUGCAUUUUUAUUGCUGCAGGGCUAAUUAAUGUAACAUUCACUGUAUAAUCAUAACAGUGAGUUCCACAGCAAUAAAACACACCAUAUCAUAUCACCACCAUAUCACAUCAUCAUCUAACCCCCAACACUCUCUGCUAGUACCGUCUUUGUCUCUUUGUUCCUUCCUCCAGUGGUGUCCAUCUUUCCAUACUCCCUUAGUGUCCUUCUAUCCAGAUUCUCUAUCCCACUUUCUCUUUUACUGUACAGGUUAUGUCAUCACCUUCUGUCCUUCUAACCAUAUUCUGCCCCAAUACACUUUUCCAUAUUUUCCCACCUUCUGUUCCUAUCUCCAUAUUGCUUUCCUGUUGGUCAAUUUCCCUAAUAGUACAGUAAGGCAAUACCUACCUACACAUAUGAUAGUGUGGCCAAUUACCAUGGAAUCAUUAGUUCUAGAAGAGCAGGUGAUUCAGUCUGGCACCACCUAUUGUGAGGUGCUUUUGCAGCCCAGACACAAAAAUGAGGUUUCCUGACAGUGUGCACUUGUACCAAUGUACAACACUGCAGUGCAGAAUGUGUUGGCUCUUUAUAAAUUGAUAAUAAAAAUAAUAUUUAUAGCUGCAUAAGUAUCAAUCAUUUCAGUUUGGAAAUGGAAAUGUGGCACCUUUUAAACGUUGACUAACAUUUUCCUCAUAGCUCCAUCAAUAUAUAAAUACAAAAUUUUACAAGAAUAGAUGUGAAGAAGUUUGCUUUAAUGAUAGAGGAGAAGUUUCUCAUAGAUAUGAACUAACAUAUGCAUCAUCAAAAUAUAAUCCAAAUUAUUCUACAAGGAUUACCAUUGGAAAUUUAGAAACAUCACUUUCCGAGGAACAGCAGAUCACUUUUUAUAAAGAUUAUAAUUGGAAAAGUGAAAAGGUAAGUCAUUUAAUCAAAUGUCUGCCAUUUAGGACAAUGAUGCUUUGAUUUGUCAUUAGUGGAACCGUCAAAACUGAAAAGGGUGGGCAAGGGGGAGGGGAUAUCCAUGAUUAAAGGCUUAUGGGGAGUAAAUACACUGCUGAUAAACUUUAUUGGUGGAAAUGCAGUCAAGGUCAAGGUUGAAAGUUCUUUUACUCUAACACCUACUUAACAAGCUUCCAUAACACCCUAUUGUUGUAUGGAGCUGUCAAUCUGCUGGGGUAACAUGGAGGGCAUAAAGUAAGGUACAACCCAUUACUCUCCUUAUUCGGUGCUUAAUCCACCUAGCCCAUAUUGAUAGGUAGUGCUUGUUGUGACCGGAUAAAGAGUAUUUAUUUUCUCUGAUACUCUGUACUCUUGAAUACCAUUCUGCUAGUGGGGGGGAAGGGGCGGAUGUUUGUUGCCUCCAGUAUUUGGGGAUCAGGGCCUUAGCAGCUGAGAGUAGGCUUAGGGGUCAGGUGAAAAAAAAAUUCAGCAAUGAACUGAGGCCUCGGGAUAUUGGCCACUUAUGUUAUUAUUGAGAGAAUUUGAGCCCAAUACCCCUGUAGGAUUGCGCAUUCCCACCAUAUGUGAGUGUAUGUGAGGUGCUAUGUUACACCUCCAGCACUUGUCAGGGACUAUCGGGUAGAUAUUGUGUAAUCCUUGUGGUGUUCUGUACCACCUAGUGAGUAGUUUGUGAUUGCUCUCUACCAUUGAUAUGUUCAUGUCGCUUCUGUGGGUGAGUAAAAGUAUUUUGUCCCAGUCUGAUGUCGUGAAGGUGGUGUCCAAUUCUGCAGCCCAGUCAGUCGUGUAUUUUGGUAAGGGUUAUCCUGCAGACUCUUGUAUAGUGAAUACACCAAUUAUAAUGCUUUUUGUAGAGAGCGGCAUUGAGUACACCAUGUUUCGAAUUUAGUGAGCUGAGGGGUCUUAUCUAAUGGUUUUAGUGAUGUUUUUAAUUAAGUUAAAUGGUGAUACAGGAACCUGUCCAUGAAUGUGGGGUUGACAUUACUGCAUAGCAUGGAUAUAGGUUUAAUCCCCCUGUCCUGAACCACUUCCAUGAGGGAUACGUGUUGUAGGAGUGUAGCUAUCGACCAUUGGAGUCCCCUUUUCCCAGUCGGGAAAGCAGGAUUGUGAGUUAUUGGGAAUAGAAGGGACAGUUGCUUGCUAAGGGCGAAUGAUUUUGCAUAUUUUUUCCAUAAAAGAAGAUGUGGGCUUAUUGUGGGGUGUUGUCUUUGCAAGAAGUGAGAGAUCGGUUCUGUCUGCCAGGGAAGUGACGCUAGUGGGUAUUCCGUCCAUUCCUGUUCUAACAUUUUCCAUUGUUUAGUACUGUCCUUAUUGUACCAGUCCAGAAUUCUGGUAAAUUAUGUCACCAUAUAGUAAUAAAUAGGUCGGGGAGUUCCAGUCCUCCUCGUCCCUUUGGUCUAGUUAGUGUAUUGAAGGAAGUCUAGGCCUUCUCCCGAACCAUAUAUAGUCAGUAAAUAAUUUGCACAUAGACUCAAAAAAUUAAGGUGGGACCCCUCUAGGUAAGGUUUGAUAUAAAUAGGGUAGUCUUGGAAGGACAUUAAUUUUAAUAAUGUUUAUGCGGCUAUCCAGGAGAAGUGGGGUCUGUUCCAAUUUGCGAGGUCUUUUGUUAGUGUUUGUGGGUUGUAUAAUUAUGUGCAAACAGGACUUUUAGUUGCGGGGUGAUCUUUAUUCCUCGAUAUUUGAUGUGUGUUCUAAUGAAUUUAAAAGGAAAAGAGGAUUUGAGUGUCUGCAGGCUGUGUUCCGUGAUCAUGAGUGGAAGGAUUUCACUAUUUUCAUAAUUGAUUUUGAAAUUUGAUAGUCUGGAGUAUGUGUCCAUUUCUGUGAUCAAGUGUUUAUGGGAGCUUUCAGGGUUUGUUAUUGUGAAAAGAAGGUUGUCUGCAUAGGUAGAGAUCUUAUUUGAGAGGUUAGGCCGUCACACCGGAUAUGUUAGGGUUUUACCGGACGGCAUUGAGAAAGGGCUCCAAGGUGAGAGUGAAUAGUAGCAGGGACAGAGGACACCCUUGUCUUGUGCCAUUUUGAAUAGGUAGUUGUUAAAGAGUGUGCCAUUAACUUGUAUUUUUGCCUGUGGGGCUGGAUAUAAGACUUUGACCCAUGUUAUCCACUGUGUGCCAAAUCCCAUCUCCCCCAGCCCUCCAAAGAGCAGAGACCAGUCCACCCUGUCAAAUGCCUUCUCAGCAUCUACACUGAGGAGCAAUGUGGGGACAUUUUGCGUCAUUGUUUUGUGAAUGAUGUUUAUUAUUUUGGUGGUGUUAUCCUUUGUUUCUCAAUGGGGCGUGAAUCCCGCCUGGUCAGUGUGGACUAGUCCCUGCGAUAGAGGCUUCAGCCUGUUAGCCAACAUGUGGUAGAAUACCUUGAUGUUGUUGUUUAUCAACGAUCUCGGUCUAUAGCUUCCACACUGGGUAUGGUCUUUGUCCGACUUGGGGAUGAGAGUUAGUGUAGCCUCUAGUGCUGAGGAGCUAAACGUGGAAGUGGGUGAUAUGAAGUUGAAAGCCCUAAGCUUGUGGGGCUCUAGCUAUGGAUAAAAUAAUGUAUAGUAUUUAUUGGAAUACCCGUCAGGACCAGGGAUUUUACCGUUUGGGGUGGCCUUUAUCGCCUUUUGUUGUUCUUUGUCCUUGAAGGGAGCAUUGAGUGUGUCACGCAUUGGCUGGGUCAGUCGGUGAUGUAUGUUGUCGGUAUAUUUUUUCCUGUCAGUCCCAGAUACCCCUGUUGACUUAAUGCCAUAUAAUGAGGCAUAAUAGUCUUGAAAUGAUUUCGCAAUUCUGCUGUUAGAUGGUGCAUUGUCCCCGACCUAUCUUUGAUUUUGGAUAUGUAGGAUUUGUGGAGUCUUUGUUGCAAGGCUCUGGCAAUGAGCUUUCUGUUCCUGUUGAUGUGUGCAUAGAAGGAGUGCUGUGUGAGUAGUAGGCCGUCUUUUUGCUUUGUGGUUCAGAAGUUGUGAGAGUUCUUCCCUAAGCAUCUUUAGAUGAGAGAGGGUGUUGGAGUCUGUGCGUAAUUUGUGUGUUUUCUAGGAUCUGUAUCUCCUCUAAAAGGUUUGUUAUGGUUUUGGUUCGUUCUUUCUUUAGCUCCGAUUUGGAUAAAGGUGCCUUAUAAGACACAUUUGUGUGCUUCCCAUAUGUUCAGGGGAGAAGUAUCAGAGGGUGGGUUAUCGUGGAAGUAUAAAAAGAGGAUGGUUUCCUGUAUUUGGUUUUUAAGUUGUUGAUUAUCUAAGACAGAGUCAUUGAGUUUCCAAUUCUAGGAGCGACUAGGUAUUGUGGGGAAUUCCAUGUAUACAUGUACUGGUGCAUGAUCGAUCCAUGUGAUUGGUCCUAUGUGGGAUUUUUUUAAUGAGGUGGAGGAAUCUGUGAUUGAUAAAAAUUGAGUCAAUUCGGGAGUAAGUGUUUUGAGGAUCUGAGUUAAAUGUGUAAUCAUUGGAAGAUGGAUUAGCGAGUCUCCAACAAUCUAUGAGUUGGCUAUUAUGGAGUGAUUAUAUGCACAGUUUCCUUUGCAGAUGGUUCGGGUUGCCCUUGUGAUGUGUGGAAUCGAGGGAGAUGUUGAAGUCUCCUCCACAGAUCAGGGUUCCCUUCAAAAAGGAGUAAAGUUUGGGGGGCGUGUCCUAGACUCCGGAGCGAGCGGUCGCAUGUAGCCGGAGCUCCGUGCGGCACAGGCCUACACAAGCUGCGAAGCGGGUGACCCGACACCGCAAAGCCAGAGGCACAAAGAUGUCCCAGCCUAAACACCGCCGGCAGACAGAGCGGGGCGAAAAAUCCAACUUCUUUGGCAUUAAGGCGAGCCAGACCCGAGGAUCCGGCCCGCAUGGCGAAAAUCAAGAUGGGGGCGAGAAAGAGCUCAUUCCCUCCCCAGAACAGGCGGCUGCCGACUUACCGGUCACGCAGGGGAUCCUGCAGGCGAUGCUGGACACUAUGGCAGGGAAGUUACAGCUCACGUUACAAAAUGCAAUCCACACCAUUAAUGCAGAUGUAAAAGAGCUGGGAGACAGGACGGCCGGGCUUGAGGACAAAAUGGUGGCAUAUGAGGAGGCCCAAAAUUCCAUGGCAGCAAAACUAGACAGCCUUACAGAGAGGAUGGAAGCACGGGAGGGGAAAACCGCAGACCUUGAAGACAGAGGUCGGAGGAACAACCUCCGUAUUAGAGGUAUAGCGGAAAAUAUAGUCCCGACAGAACUCACGGCCUACCUAGUGGGACUAUUCAAAGCGCUCGCCCCUGAUGUGCCCCCUGACAUGUUCCUGAUAGACCGGGCUCACAGAGUGCCAAAACCCACCUUCUUACCACCUGAAACCCUUAGAGAUGUGUUGCUGAGAAUGCAUUACUUUCACAUAAAGGAAGAGGUAAUGAGAGCAAACAGAACCAGAAAAAAAACAGACAUGCCGUAGGCAUACCAGGCAAUAGCAGUUUACACCGACAUCUCAGCAUACACGCUUAAACGCAGGAAGGAUUUUGCAGGAAUCACGACGCAACUCCGCCAACAACAAAUUCCAUACAGAUGGGGAUACCCGGUGAAGCUGAUCGUACAGAGAAACGGAAGACCAACUAUAAUACAGAGCCCAGACGAAGGAAUGAAAAUCCUUAGAACCUGGGGCAUAGAAAUUCCGCCCGCAACGAAAGAGACUCAAAGACUCCCUCCAUCAUGGAGGAAAGCCAAAAGUUAAUUCGCCUUGCUGGGAGGGUGCUGUGUCGCUGAACCUGAGAACUGUCAUUCCAGCCAUUUGAAUCCAGGCUUGUAUAACAUUUGCUUUGUAAAAUUUUCUAUGUUUAAUGGCAAUGUAAAUAGGAGCUACACUACAGAUGUGCAUGCAAAGACAAGGGGCAUGGCGACUGGGGGGAGGGCGGAGGAUGUAAAGAGACAUAUGAAAUCUGGGGAACAAGGCUAGAUAGGAGCCUGGGUCAUGGAUAUAGUGACAUGGAGACCAGCACCGGGAAAGACCUAGGCAGAGGAGCUCACAUUCGCGCCCCCCCACAGACCCCCCAGGAAGCUCCGCCAUAUUACUAUAUAGAGAGAGAGAGAACAAAAAAACAAAAAAAAUACUUAUUUUUAUUCCACUAUACCAACAUGCAAUCUCAGGACACAGGCAGGCAGGCAGCGACAGCCCAUCCACACAACCUUUUCAAAAAAAAAAAGGGUCACCCAGACAAAAGCAAAACAUGAGAGCAAAAGCCGCGGCCGACGAACCGCAGCCAGGACAGGAACCAUUAGUUCCUACCCCCAUCGCACCACCACUUGGUGCAUAGCCGAUAUUUCGGCAAAAAAGUUGAUUUGUUAUAGUUUACCCAUUUCUGUUACCUAUUACGUUUUUCUGUUUGUAUUCAUGCUUGCACCUCAUACACCCCUCCCACCAGCUAUGCACUCCGUAAGUUACCGACCAAGAUCAGAUAGAGCGGAGAUCAUGCCGCUCUCUCCCUCUGAGCCUAGAGACAUGCGAAAUAGCCCUCAGGUUACCCGGGGAGAGCCCUUGAGUUCGGAGGAACUGGGACACGGGACUCUCCGAAAUAUAUAUGUCGAACACAAGCACAAAUACCAUCUUAUGACCACCUCCCACCCUGAAAAUCUACUCACACAACGUUAGGGGACUGAACAUCCCGGUUAAGAGACACCUCCUAUACCGAGAGAUCAAACAUAAAGCAGUAGACGUUCUAUGUCUUCAAGAGACACAUUUCAUGACCAACGCACACCCCACCGUCCUACAGAAAGAUUAUCCUAUACAAAUCCACGCCACAUCGGCUAGCAAAACCAAAGGCACUUCCAUACUAAUUAGUAAAAAUGUGGCCUAUGCCCCGCAUUCCCAACACAUUGACCCGGACGGCAGAUACAUCAUUAUAGUAGGCACGCUUAAUGACAUGCUUUACACCAUAGCGAACAUAUACGCCCCCAACACGAACCAACGCAACUUUUUACAUAAACUUAUACAGAAACUGCAGUCAGUACAGCUAGGGACGACAGUCAUAUGUGGCGACUUCAAUCAUGUAUUUGACCCCUCCAUAGAUACGACACUAGCUCCAGCUAGGAAGCGCAACGCACCCCUCCGCAAACAAAGUAAAGCACUCUGCAAGCUUAUACACAAUAACCAUCUGUAUGAUGUAUGGAGAGCCACUCAUGUAGUGGAAAGAGGGUAUACAUUCUUUUCGACAGUGCACAACACCUAUGCCCGCAUUGAUGGCUUCCUUAUCUCAGGGACAGGGAUAGACCAAACGGCCCAGUGCGAGAUAGGACAGAUUACAUGGUCCGACCAUGCCCCGGUAGAGCUAACGUUGAAAAACAUAUAUGACCCGACCCAUAGAAGCCCGUGGCGCAUAAACACAACAUUACUGAAAGAUAACGCCUUCUGCACGGAGCUGAACCAAAACUUAGCCCAAUAUUUCCAAGAUAAUGAUAGACCGGAAACGAGCCGAGGUACCCUGUGGCAGGCCCACAAAUCAGUGAUACGGGGACAACUGAUACAGCGGGCAGCAUACUUAAAAUGGAAAUCCCACCUUCAGCUCCACACAUGCCAAACAGACCUCCAGCGUGUCACGACACAAAACCAAAUAACUCCCUCACACGAACUGCGGGAACAAAUCACGAAACUCACAAGACAGAUACACCAAAUAUCCUUGUAACAAGUGGGAUACCACCUGAAAAGGCUAAAGGCACAAAACUACACACAGGGAAACAAGGCAGGUAAACUGUUAGCACAAAGACUAAAGUCACAACAAGCAGCCCAAAAAAUAGCGUACUUGCUGUCUCCAAGCGGACAGAAAAUAGUGGCACCCAAGGACAUUAGCAACGCAUUCGCCAAAUAUUACGAAGCACUGUACAAUCUCAGGGACGACCCGAAUACACCCCAACCACAGGGGGCCAAAAUAGCCUCCUACGUAGACAAGAUCGCCCUGCCCAAACUUACACCCGCUCAGCAGGAUAGCCCCUCCGCAAACAAAGUAAAGCACUCUGCAAGCUUAUACACAAUAACCAUCUGUAUGAUGUAUGGAGAGCCAUUCAUGUAGGGGAAAGAGGGUAUACAUUCUUUUCGACAGUGCACAACACCUAUUCCCGCAUUGAUGGCUUCCUUAUCUCAGGGACAGGGAUAGACCAAACGGCCCAGUGCGAGAAAGGACAGAUUACAUGGUCCGACCAUGCCCCGGUAGAGCUAACGUUGAAAAACAUAUAUGACCCAACCCAUAGAAGCCUGUGGCGCAUAAACACAACAUUAUUGAAAGAUAGCGCCUUCUGCACGGAGCUGAACCAAAACUUAGCCCAAUAUUUCCAAGAUAAUGAUAGACCGGAAACGAGCCGAGGUACCCUGUGGCAGGCCCACAAAUCAGUGAUACGGGGACAACUGAUACAGCGGGCAGCAUACUUAAAACGGAAAUCCCACCUUCAGCUCCACACAUGCCAAACAGACCUCCAGCGUGUCACGACACAAAACCAAAUAACUCCCUCACACGAACUGCGGGAACAAAUCACGAAACUCACAAGACAGAUACACCAAAUAUCCUUGGAACAAGUGGGAUACCACCUGAAAAGGCUAAAGGCACAAAACUACACACAGGGAAACAAGGUAGGUAAACUGUUAGCACAAAGACUAAAGUCACAACAAGCAGCCCAAAAAAUAGCGUACUUGCUGUCUCCAAGCGGACAGAAAAUAGUGGCACCCAAGGACAUUAGCAACGCAUUCGCCAAAUAUUACGAAGCACUGUACAAUCUCAGGGACGACCCGAAUACACCCCAACCACAGGGGGCCAAAAUAGCCUCCUACUUAGACAAGAUCGCCCUGCCCAAACUUACACCCUCUCAGCAGGAUAGCCUGUCCGCAUUGAUAACAGAAACGGAGGUGUUGAGAGCGAUUGACUCUCUACCUUCCGAUAAAGCCCCAGGUCCGGACGGGUUCGCCAACUGUUACUACAAGUACUUCCAAAGAACCCUAGCCCCUCACAUUACUAAUGCUUUUAAUGAAGCGGCCACGAAACACGCACUCCCGCCAGAAGCCCUCAGAGCGCACAUCAUUACAUUGCCUAAACCGGGCAAGCCACCAAUCCACCCACAAAAUUUUCGACCGAUAUCAUUACUGAACACAGACACAAAACUCUUCGUGAAAAUAUACACCAUCAGACUGGGCAUGAUCCUCCCACACCUGAUAAGGAAUGAUCAAGUAGGAUUCAUUAGAGGGAGACAAGGGGGGGACAACACGAGAAAGGUCAUCGACAUUAUACAUAGCGUACACAGGCAACAUACAGAAUGUGUAACGCUCUCACUAGACGCGGAGAAGGCCUUUGACCGCCUGAACUGGAGGUUCCUGAAAGCGGUCCUGGAUAAGUUUGGGAUGCCGGGGGCAUUCUGCUCGGCGAUGGAGGCCUUAUACAGCAAACCGUCGGCACAGGUAGUCACGGCAGGCUUCACAUCGGAACCGUUUAGCAUCACUAACGGAACGAGGCAGGGAUGCCCACUCUCCCCCUUACUGUAUGUGUUAGCUUUAGAACCGCUAGCGGAGACAAUACGGGCCAACAGCUCCAUACACGGAGUAACAGUUGGCGACAGGGAAUACAAAAUCAAUUUGUUUGCGGACGAUGUCAUGCUGACACUAACGCAACCCCAAAUUUCACUACCAAAUCUCAUGGAAGUCAUUAAAGAAUACGGCCUUAACUCCUACUACAAACUAAAUGUCGCUAAAUCACAGGCUAUGGGUGUGGGAGUCCAGUCUCACCGGCUGAAACGCUUGAGUGAGCUUUUCUCAUUCGACUGGAGGAAGGAUUAUAUUACCUUCUUGGGCGUCCAUAUACCCCCCCACCUACCCCAUUUGUUUAAGUUAAACUUUACUAAACUGAUCAAAUCAUGUACAGACACGCUACACACAUGGGAGGGCAAAUAUCUCUCGUGACUGGGCAGACUGGCGGCGAUUAAGAUGUCUAUACUUCCCAAACUCCAGUACCUGCUGCGUACAGUCCCGAUUAGUCUGCCGGGCCAAUACAUGAGCACAAUCCAAAAGCUGAUCGUACGGUUUGUGUGGGCCAACCGCAAGGUGAGGGUGGCCAGCAAGCUCUUACAAAAACCGAUCAAAGAAGGGGGAUUGGGCAUGCCCAACAUCCGUUCUUAUCAUAGAGCCACAUUGCUGACUGCCAUAGCAGCGACAAACGCAGUAGAAGACCCCCCCAAUGGGUCCACAUAGAAACACACUGGGCAUGCAAACAGGGGCUGCGACACCUAUACCAGCUGCCGUACAAACUACGACCGCCGUACACAACCAUGUUACCAACCACGGCAGCAAUGAUCAAAACAUGGGACUCUGUGAGGGCAUCACUGGGCAUGGUCAGACCAACUAUAGGGAAUAUCCCACUCACGAGCAUCUCAGUGGGCAUACCGACAUUUGACCACACCCCCUGGGUGAGAGGGGGAUGUACCCACCUUAGCCAGGUAUGCGUGGACAACGAGUUACUGACAUUCCCAGCACUGCAAACCAAGUUCUCCUUGCAAUCCAGACACAUAUUCCCUUACCUCCAACUGAAAUCAUUUGUGGCCUCACACUGCAAGGGACCAUGUGCCGAACCACCAAAUAUUGGCGCCUUAGAACAGAUAUGCCUACAGGGCAGUAUACCCAAAAAAAUCCUGUCGAAAUUAUAUGCACUACUGAAUACAGUAGAGACAAACAGACACGGAGACUUUAGAGAAGCCUGGCAGAAAGACAUAGGACGCCCAAUAGCAGACCUAGACUGGAAACAGGCAUUCCAAGCACACAAAGGGCACACAUCUUGCGCGACUCAUCUAGAAACAAAGAGGAAAAUUAUGUACAGAUGGUAUAUGGUCCCGGACAAACUAGCAAAACUAUACCCGGGAAGCUCAGGGCCAUGCUGGAGGAGUUGCGGAGAAAGGGGGACAAUGUACCACAUUUGGUGGACGUGCCCGAUAAUCACUCCCUACUGGGCUAUGGUGGAAGAGAUAAUCACUGACGUGAUAGACCGCCCUUACAGCUUGGGGCCUGAACAGGGCAUACUAUUCAUGCAUCUUGCCCAAUGGCACAAGCAGGAAAGACAAUUGAUAUUCCAAGUGCUCAUAGCGGCAGUAACCCUGAUAGCCAGACAGUGGAAACAACCACAAGCACCCAGCAAACACGAUCUCCUAACACAAACAUCCACAAACUGGGAAUAUGAGGCUAUGGCAAAUAAAUACAUUACAAAUAACCACACGAUCAUAGACACAAAAAACAAAUGGGAAAAAUACAUUCAGUGAAGUUCACACCACUCCAGAACUCAGGACACAUAGGUACGCUAAGACAAGAGAGAUUGAGUAGAGUACCAAAGCCAGAGAGACGGGAACGUCUGAGACUUGACCUGGGAGGAGUUCCUGACACAUAGAACCGAUGGUACAUUGGAGGUAGAAAGGUAGAAUUAACAACUAAGAAGCAUGGGCCCAGAGGGAGGGCAAAGAGGAACACUAUUUUCAAGAGGUCUACAAACUAAAUCUCUUCCCCUUUCUUCCCUUAAUUCUUUCCCUUCCCUUCUCUGCACACCCCCUCCACCCCCCCACACAAAUAUUGAGCUACAACUUAAUAUGUAGCUAGUCAGCUGCUCCAGUGAGCAACCCGUUAGUAGUUCACGUACGCCUAGCCCAGAUGCGGCCACCAGGCAACCACAUUACGCAAACUCCCGAGGGGAGAAGAACCCAGACACCCUGUAGGAGGCCAGUAUACAAGGGCAGGGGGUCGGCACAAUACACACGGGAUAAGGGCGAACAUCACCACACACGUGUCGCAAAACUAAUCUACCCGCUAGACGCUGGGCCAACCACACAAGUGGCGAUAUUACGUCCAGCACUCCAUACUACACUUGCGACUCCGAGAAAGGUAGCAAAUACAGAUUGGGAAAAAAUGAACGUUUAACGUUUAAAGUUUAAAGUGUAAUGAUUAAAUUGUAUACGCUAGCGCUGGAAAUGUGGAAAGCGAGAUGUGUGAUGUGAACUAUGUGAUGUGAUAUAUAUAAUGUACGUAUCCAAGGCAGAACGUGUACGUGUAAACAACGUUGCCUAGAUUCCCCCCCACCUCCCACCCUUUUCAUUCUGUACCCCCCAUAUACUGUUUUUUGAUGUAUGACAAAAUAAAAAUUGUCAAAUUGAAAAAAAAAAAAAGGAGUAAAGUUUUGAUAGUGUUUUUUUCAUGAAGAAUCCUUGUUUGUUGUUAGAGGCAUACAUGUUGGCAAAUGUGUAAUCGUGUGACCCUGUCAUUCCUCUGACAAAUACAAAUCUGCCUUGUUGAUCGUUCAUUUGUACUACCAUCUGGAAGGGUAUAUGUGAUGCAAAUAAAAUUGCCACUCCUCUAGCUUUACCUCCCUCAUAGUCCCCAAAGUAUCCGGUGGUGUAUUGAAGGUUCAGAAUAAUCGACGCGGAACCCAGUCGGAAGUGAGUUUCCUGCAACAAGGUCACAUCUGCAUCCAUUCGUAUCAGUUUCGUUAAGUGCACACGCCGCCUCUCCGGGAUGUUCAAUCCCCUGACAUUCCAUGACACAAUGUGGGAAGACAUAAGUAAGUUAAGUAAGUUAUGAAGGGGCACAGUGCUCCUACAGGUGAACAAUAUAGUAGAGCAGUUGCCUGCUGGUAUAAUUUUAUACACAUUUUCUUCAGAAAUUGUACCAAAAGUUAGUUGCACCAAUGAUUAAGAAAUAUAACAACAUAAUCUUAAAAAUACCAACAUAUACUUUAAGCACACUUAGCAAAGUUUUUGCAUUAAUCAUUAGAAAGGUUAUCGUGGGGGUGUGUAGGAACAUUCUACAGGUGUCUUGUAAGAUGUGUUGGGGUGGGCUCUCCACCAAGGUGAGUAUCCAUUAGUUAAAAGACGUAAUGGUAAUUUUCGCCAUUUGUUUCACGUGCGGGGUGGUUACAUACAAGUUUUAUCCCCAUACAAUACAUUUGCCUUUGUUUACUGUGUGAGGGUGGUGAGAGAGUGUAGGAGCCCACAGUCUGUGGGGAUUAUCAGGGAUUAUGUGGUGGUCCAGAAUCAGUAGGUUUCGCUUGUGUUUCCCUCCCUCAUUUCAAUGGGUAUAAAUUCUAUAAAAUUUUCAUUUACAGUGGGACUCUUAUUUAUUAUGUGUCAGGAUUACUAGUUGAUCCAGCACGUAGAAUUGUGUCAUUCAGAUAACUAAUAGGUAACGUAUUACUGGGCCUUAGAAUGGCCGGACUUAACAUACCAAAGAGUAGUCAGGAUACUUGCUGAGGUCAGGGAUACAAAAAGAGACACAACGAUAAGGGAAAGCCAGAAGUCUGGGAUACAAGAAUACAGGGAAGUCAAAAUCAAAGCCAACGUCAAAAACCAGAAGAAACCUGAAUCAGAAACGCACUCCCGGACAACCACUAGGGAAACCACGACAGGGCACUGAGCAGGAUGAGAACUGGGCCUAAAUACCCCUCCUCUGGAUCUGAUAGGCUGUAAUCGGCCUUUGACCCCAAAGGCAGUUACCAGGUUUCCAUUAGCAUAAUUGCUGCUCAGCACAAACCCCCCUGUGGAUUUGAUUGCUGCUCGGCACAACUUUUCAUGUCAGGACAGUAAUUUUACACGGCACAACAUUUCCUGUCACAACAGUAAAUGUCAUUAUUUACAUUUUUAUAUGUGGAUGAAUACGGGACAUUAUGUCUGACAGUGCAGGGUAAAUAAAAAAAAAACUUGAGAUCAAUUAUAAGGUUAAUUAUACUUCACAUCAACUCCUUUGGAGUCAACUACAGCAUUUGCUGCUGUCUUGGAUCUGUGGUGGUCUGAAGCUUGUCAGUUAUGUCCAGUCAGGAUGAUGGGAUCUUGGAUCCUCUGGAAAACCUGCUAAGUUCCCAGGUGGGUUCUUCCUUUACUUGGAGACAGGGACUGCCCAUGCUCCUCUGUGGUUGUGGUAUAUUAGGAAUCGCACCUGUGUCUGUGUACCAGUCCUGGACUGAGACCUCUUGUAAUCCUAGUGCUUGUGUAAAUACUGGGACAUCUUUGGCAGUGAAGAUCAUGGCUGUGGUUCCAUUUGCAAUGGCAGUGAAAGAGAAUGGGUAUCCCUAUUUGUAUCUUAUCUGCUUGUCCCGUAGCUGGCUCAUGACAGGUGUAAAGGCCUUUCUGUCUUGUAUUUUAAUCCAGGAUAGAUCUUGGAUUGGGCGUUAUCUGGAUUGGGCAUUCUUGAAAUUGUAGGGCUGUAGUGUUUCUAGCUCUUUUCAUUAUGGCUUCUUUGAGCGGGAAAUUGUGUAGGCAACAUAUAAGCCUUUGGGUCUCAAUGCCCUGUGUGCCCUGUCCAUUUUAAUGCCUGUGUCCCUUGGGUGCUCCAGUAGUGAGUUGAAUAAUUCCCUCAGUAUGAGGUAUACAUCUUCUGGGCCCGAUAUGGGUUCUGGUAUCCCUCUAACCCUGAUAUUAUUCCUUCUGCCCCUGUAGUCUAUGUCUUCCAUAUAUCUGUGUAGCAUAGCGCUGUUGGUCAUAUUCUUAGCGGUUUGCUGCUGCAGGUCCAGUAUUUGGGAGUCAUGGUAUUGCAUUGUGGACUCUAUUUGCUGUACUCUGGCAUCCAGUGAGCCCAGGCCUGCUCCCAGUUUGGUUAUUUUCAUUUGUAUAGAGGUAUCGAGAUCGGCAAGCAUCUUUGCAAGAUCAUCCAUAGACGGUAAGUUUAGCAGACACCUCUGAGAUACAUAAGCUGGCUUGUGAUGCCAUCGGCAAGUCUGCACCGCACACCAUGCUGGAUCUGGAGGCCUCUGGAUCGCCCUCAGAUUUCUCUGUGAAGAAUUUGUUUAAUGGCUGAUAUCGAGAGCCAGAGUUGUUCUUUGAGUCUUUGGCGUGUGUUGAGUAUCUUUUUUUGUUCCCCAUAUUGCGCGAUGGCUGCGAUAUUAGAUGGAUUCACCCAUGGGAGAAGGUUUAAAACAGACUUCGGAUAUGGUGGUAUACAUAAACGUGGCAUUCCCAGAUAGUCACUGUGACGGAACCAACCUCGCCACUAUGCACUGGAGAAGCCUGGUUGCCCGCCUGCUGCCUUUAGACUAUAGCCCCAUGUUGAUUUUCCCCUGCGAAGACACGAAAGCCGGGUCAUUCGGUGCUUGCCCUGUUUGAGUGGUGAUACCCCAGAUAGCUAUGCCAUGGAGCCCAUUCGUAUAAUGAAAGACUAUGGGAAAGACUUUGGCUCCAUGGCAAUUGAACAGUAUGUGUGUGCUCUGAGCGCCAUUUAGUAAUAAUGUGCGCUCAGAUCUGAGCUAUCUGGGCAUAUGUUGAAUGUACCUGUUUUGUGCAAUGGCUGCACAGUUAUAUAUUUUUAUGUGUUUUAUUGUCUUUUGCUGCCAUGUGUUCAAUGGAGUUUUGCCUCUGUCCUUGGAGAUAAUUGGAUUACUUCCCAAUUAUCUCUAGUAUAGAAGACUCUGUGGAACUGGUUUUGGGCAGAAAAGCCAUGCUUUAUUUGGUCACAAAGGACUUCGAUCUAUCUUUUGAACUAAUGGACCAAUUUGGCUGAUUUUUGGUUAUGUUUAUAUUUAAAGGUUGCUGAUUCUAAAUAUGUAAUUAUUAUUAUAUUAUUAUUAUUUAUGGAGAUUGGAUGUGUGGUUUUAAAGUUACAGGAUAUGUGUAAAAACUGUGUUUUUCCUUAUAAAUGGAUAAUCAAGUCCACCUUUGUGUGUUUUCUGCACUAAUAUUGACUGCUUCAAUCUUGGCUUCUUGCCUUUCCAGAUAUAUUGAGUAAAACUUCUUUGUAUUAAUUGAAGCCAAUGGAUUGGAAUAUGGAGAGGUAACAUUUGAAACAUAUAAUUCCACUUUGGUAUAACGUUAUAAUGAAUAAUUUUAAAGCAGCUACUAUUCUACAUGUUUACAGAAUGCAAAUGAAAGAAAAUAAAGAUGAGGGAUGGUAUAAAAUGGAAUUGAAGGCAGGAGAAGUCCCUAGCUUAGAUUGUUUAAUUUGGAACAUAAAUAAAAUGCCAAAGAAAAAAGAGUAUGCCAGCAUUAUCUUAACUCAAUUACUGAAAAAUUGGUUAAAAAUUAAAAAAGCAAUGAAUAUAGAAAAAAAGUUCCAAGUUAUUUAGAGUUAGAUAUUGUAGAAAAACAAGUGGAAGAUCUAAACUUAAAUAAUUGGAAAAAAGUAGGGAUAACGACUCUGGACCAAUUAUUGACAGAAGGAUCAAUCAAAACCUUUGCUCAAAUAACAGAGAUACAUAAUCUUCCUCCUAGAGAGGUGUUUAAUUUUUUAAGACUUAAAAGUUAUAUUAAUACACACCUUAUAAUACCAAAAUCUAACCUGAGCAAUUCGAUAGAUUUAUUAUUUACAUCAAAAAAAAUUAAUAAACCACUUUCCAAAGCUCUAAUAUUAAUUAAAUCAAUAGCUAAAGACACAAAUCCUACUGCCAUACAGGCCUGGAAACAAGAUUUGAAUAUCGAUAUUAAUCUGAAUCAAUGGGGUUCUUCAAUGAUGGAUGUCAAGAAAAAUAUACAUUCAUUAAAUUUAUUAGAAACGCACUUUAAAGUUUUAAAUAGGUGGUACAUAGUACCAGCUAAAUUGAAUAAAAUUUACCCUCAAGUUAAUCCUAUCUGCUGGAGAUGUAACAGUAUUAGAGGCAAUUUUAGACAUAUUUGGUGGGAUUGUUAUAAAUUAAAAAAUCUCUGGUCGAAAAUACAGCAUUUCAUAUCUAAUAAUUUAAAACUCGAGUUGAUAAUUUCUCCAGAGGUAGUUCUACUCCAUCUGAAUUGGCCUCAUAUGACAUAUGAAUUAAAAGCAAUUCUUAUACAUCUGUUUUUAGCGGCUAAAAUAGUAAUUGCGAGAUGGUGGAAAAGGGAUUUAGAAGUCCCCUGGAAGAAAGUUAAAAUUCAACUCGAGUUUCAGAUUAAGAUGGAGCUGAUGCUAAGUAAACAAAGAUUAAGCAAUAAAAUUUCUGUUUGGUCAAAGUGUAUUGAGAUGAUUGAUGUAGAAAAUAAUGACGAUCAAUUAGCAGUAGAAUAAUUCCAUGAACAUUGUAAAUAAUUAUGAGACUUAUCUAAAUGAUAUUACCACUCUACUAUGGAAGUAUUUUCGAUGUAUUUUUCUUUUCCCUCCCCUAUUUUGCUGCUGUGUUGUUUUUUUUGUAUUAUAAAUGUAUAUUUGUAUGAUAUUUGUAUUUGUAUGAUAUAUGUAUUUAAUGAGAUUUAAAAGAAAAAAAUAUAAAAUAAAGAUUAAAUAUUCAAAAAAAAUAAAAACUGUGUUUUUCCUGCCUGUGUUAAUUAUGUUAAACCAUUGUGUGCCAUAAUUAUAUCACAGGCAGAGGGGAGGAUUUUUGUAUGUAAUUGCUGGGAGUGUUUCUGUAAUAUACGUGUAUGAUUGGUUGUUUUGUAAAACCCAAUGGGUGGUCCUAUCUUAGGGAAACCUGCAUAAAUGAAGGUUCUCUUUGUGCCAGUAAACAGAUUCUGCUUAACCCUCAAACGAAGUGUCGUCUCGUUAUUGGGGUAACUGGAUUGUAUGCUGACUGCCAGGAGUGUAAUCCUUUCGUAUGGUUUUUCCUGUUCAGCUGUUUCCAGUAUUCGUGAGUUUCCUGUUCGGGAGUUGGAGAAUUCAUGUAGUUUGCAGUUCGGGAGAUUGGUGAUUGCAGUAGCUGUCUGUGCAUCUGAAAGGGGAAUAUCGUCUAAACGGUUUUUAACCUCUUGUGGGCAAAACGGUCUGUUACAGUCACCUUAUAGAAGUGCAGUUUGACUGGGUCUUCAGAGAAAAGAGGCUUAGACUCAACUUGACCUCAUGUAUGCAGUGGAUUACUGUCAUCCCCUCAGGGGCACCUCGACUGGGUAUAUCUCCGCCAAAGGACCACUUCCUAGCUGGACCAGGGGACAAACCACAGCACUUAUUGCCCUCAGUCACCGUAGCUUGACUGGGGCCCUGGAACCGCCACCUCCCUCCUGGAGCCGAAGGGGAAAUUAGCUCUGACAUCUUCAGGCACUGGUCGUCACUAAGUCCUGGGAACUAUGGAACCAGAUGGGGAAUUAGCUCUAGUCCUUACAAGGACUUUCCUCGUUGACUCUCAUGCAAACUGGAACAGCAGACACGGGAGCAUAUCUUCUUUAUUUCCAAUAACUGGAUGAAACACAGUUUUGGAGUGUAAGCAGGAAUCGGAGUUUAAUGGGACACACUGGCCUUUUAUACAAUUUUCCCAAUAAGGCUGACACCAAGGUGGACCUUGUGGGGCACAGAACACAAAACAUGAAAGACAAUAAAAACAGUGUAACAAUGAACGACACUCCCACAUACAUUACACAAUCUCUCCCCUCUGCCUGUGAUACAAUUAAGGUAGCUAAUACAAUAACCUAAUUAUCCACAGGCAGAAAAACACACAUUUUCCCCAAAGUACAAGAAAACACCCCAAAACAUAACAUAACAUAUCCCCAUAACAGUUCCAGAGAAAUAGGCUUUGCAGCUGGUCUAUUUCGGUAGUUUGCAAACAAACAAACAAACAAACUACCAAACAGAGUCAAUGGUCCUACCUUGGAGCUUGUUCCCUUCAUCCAGACGAUUGAUCUCACUGAACAGUGCCCUUCUAAGCUGAAUAGAAAAUAAUGCAGGCGAUGAUGGAAGUUCAGCGGUGUUCGAGAGUGUCUGUAUCUGAUUUGAGUUCCAUGAGAUUCAUGCCCAAACACCGCUGCCUGCAUUCAUGUGAACAAGAAUGCCGCCACAUCGUGGUUGGUCAUAGGAAUCGCGGCCACCCAGACGAACAAUUAGAACACUGGGGUGAGAAACGUUCCAAGUUGUUAUUAGGUGUUAACAAACUCCAGGGUGGUCUCUGUUCACGGUUGUUCGGUAAACGGACCAUAUAGUCCCAAUUGCACGAACAGAACCUGUUUAAAGUAUAUUAACCAAUUCUGUUGCAAGGGCCAUGUGACGAAGUGCCCUUCGCCACUUGGUCCUGGAGAGGCCUACUUGCCAGCCUCCUCCCCUGUGACUAUGACUCUUUCAUGUAUUUGGCUUUAAAGCCCCUAGUCUACCUUCAGACAGACUAUUUAUGUAGGCUGCUUUAUUUAUCUUAUGUUUUAGUCACCCUGUACCCAUUAUAGGUGCAGGGUGUGUGUAAUGUAAUUGCUUAUAGUGUGUGUGUGUGUGUGUGUGUGUGUACUGUGAAAUGUAUUGCCUGCUCUCCUGUACUGCUGAGGUUUGCUACCAACUAGGUGGGUUUGGCUAUGGAGCUUUUCUAGUGCCCUCUGUUGGUAGCAACAGCAAUAUGCACUACCUGAAUAGCAAGACUGGUUCAUUUGCAUAUUCGGGUAGAUUUGCAUAUUGCUAAUUCUGCAGGCAGGUGAGAUAUUUACUGUUAAAUUUUGUCUCCCCCACCUCUUUAAAAAUGUGCCAUUGUGUUGUGAUAAGUCACUGUGUGUUGCCUGCUAUGGUUUGACUGUUUUUGAUUUUAUUGAGGUUUCACAACAAUGUUAUUGUGUUGACCCUAUGGGCUGGUCCCAAGGGAAAUAAAGGUUUAGACAGUACUUCUUGACCCUCAAUACGUAGCCUUGUCUCGUUAUUGGAGGGAACUGCUAUAUCACACUAGGGAUUGCUAUGCUCUGCAUAUUCCCCUGAGCUUUUAAUCACUUAGCUCUUUUAAGAGCUGUUCCUGUUACGCUCUCCUGGAGGAAAGGUCUUGCCCACACGGUCCUGGAGGACAGAAGCUGAUCCAGGGUGGAAGGAAGACGGCGAGACUCCAGUUAAGCUACGGCGGUUGUGGAGUCUGCGGUGGUUGUGGUGUCUGCUGCAGUGUUUGGAGUCCUCAGGAAGCGCUAGGAGCAUCCAUCAACGGAGGGUACUAGGUCGGAGUACAGGGAGCUCCAUUACAGGCCAUAGUCACAGGGUAAAAGGCUGGCAAGUAGUUCCCUCCAAGAACUCAUAGCAAACUCACUUGAAAAGGGGAGUUUGUCACAAUAGGUCAGACCCCUGGUUGCUGAAAGAGGUACCCAGGUUGUCAACUGUGGCAAAAGUGACCUCUUUUUUGGAGAGGCCUGCUUCCAGCCUCUUACCCUGGGACUAUGGGCCCUGUUAUAACCCAUGUUCAAAAGUACUGUUUCUGCCCCUUGGACUUUUAACUGGAACAGAUUCAAACAUGUGGCGGCGGCCAUCUUAAAUUGUCCAGCAGUGUUUUGUCGUCGAGUGUAUGGAACUGUUUUGGGCAUAGGACCAUGUGCAUAGUGGGGCAAAAAUAUGACUUCCAGGAAAUUCCUGAACCCCUGAACCGAUCUGGAUGAUUUUGGGGUAUGUUGUUCACCCAGAUUGGGGCUAUCAGGGGAUCUGGGGAUAUCUUGUAUUUUGGGAUACGUUUUGGGGUUUGUAAAAAUUUAUGUUUUUUUCUGCUUAGAGUUAAUUGAGUUAGUCCAUUGUCUUUGUUAAUUAUAUCACAGGCAGAGGGGAAGGAUUGUGUACACUUAUGGUAGUGACUGAAUGUAAAACUAUGUUUUUAUUGGUUUAUGUUCCUUUUGUCCCUGUUUUCCAUCAAGUCCAGGGGGUGUGCCUCUGGCCUGAAAGUCUGCUCUUCAUACUCCCUUGAAUAAUCACUAAGCUCUUGUAAGAGCUUCUUCCUGUUCCUGCUUCACUCUCUGGGGAAAGAAAGGUUCACCCACUGGAACCUGGAGCCUUGUCGUAGGUCCAGGGUGGGUAGGAGACAGCAAGACCCCAACCAAGCUGCGGUGUUUCUUGGGGUCUGCAGUGCUUAUGGUGUCAAGUGGAGUGCUUGGAGCCCUUGGGAAGCACUAGGAACAUUCAUCAACGGAGGUAACCAGUCGGGGUGCCAAGUGAUCUGUUACAGCAACUCUUACAGAUGUCCUGUUUGCUGGGUCUUCAAGGAUAAGAGGCUGAACCCUGGCAUGGCUUCAUGUAUGUCGUGGACAGCCUUCAUUCUUUGAGGAAGAGAAGUAGGUCACUGUUGCUGGGUCUUCAGGGAUAAGAGGCUGAACCCUGGCAUGCAUAAAGUGGACUAUUUUCCUCCCCUGAGGGAGAGAUUAGGUCCGACCCUAAAGGGGGUACCCAGGCUAGUCACUCUUACAAUAGUGUUGUUGUUGGGUCUUAAGGGACUAGAGGCUGAACCCUUGCAGGGCUACAAAAAUAUUGCCUGGUGAGCAUAAAAGAAAAUCUAGGCCUGCUUAAGCAGGCUCCUUCCAAACUGCUGUGAAGGACAGGAACAAAAAGACUGUCUGAUGGGAAGUGGGAGGAUCUUUUUAUACCAAUUUCAGAGUUAUAUUUCCUGUCCUUUCUGCUAUGAGGGGAGGAGCUAACCCAUAAGUAAAUGCUGCCAUGUUUGAUCAGGAAAAAUGGGGUAAUGCAUUCACUUAGCUGAAGGUACAGUAUUCCAAUCAUUGGACAUUUUUGUGGAAGAGUGAUGUGUGAAUUUCGACUUCAUCAGUCUUUCUGGUAUGUUUAUGGGAAUCUUCCAUUCUCGAAGUAUCUGGCAGCAUAAUACAAUAAUAAAGCAAUUCUUAAAAACACAACAAUGAUAAUAAACUAUCCAACUCACACAUUUCUUUUUUAUUUCUUUUUAUAUCAGUUCAAUUCUUAUAUUUUAUUGAUUUUCAUUUAAUUUUGACAUAAAAUAAUAAAGAAGUCUUAUUCAAAUUUUUCAUUCUUAGAAGGUCUUUACCACAUCCCAAGAAUUUUUCAGAAUUAAUGGCUUUAGGACAAUAGACAUAUAUUUAAAGAAAUACAACAAACACAGAAGAAAACAUAAAAGUAUUCCAAUUCCUGGAAAUCCCUUUUUAUAAAACAAAUACAUCCAAUACCGAAAGGAGUGAGCAUAGGUGUUUUAAGGUACAGAUAGACACUGCAUUGUUUGACGUUUUUUCAGUUAUCAACAAUGCAAAGCUAAUUUUUAUAAUGUAAAUAAUAAUAUUAUUUUUAUAAUGUUCCAAUUUUCGUGACAAUUCUUCCCAAAUCAGGAAAGACCUCGGCAAGUUACAUUGAAUCCUAGUAAUAUUCAACUCCAUUUUAAUUUAAAACAGUAGCUGGUUUAUGACAUCUUGCCAUAAAGGACAAUGAGAUUUUUUUUUUCAGUUGUAUGUAAUUAUUAUUUUGACUAGUAGAAAACAAUGUAAAAUAAGAAAUGUUGUUUUAUUGCCCAUAUUUGGUCAAUUUAUGUGAAAUAAGAAAAUUUCUGGAGAAUAGCUCAAAUCUACAUUUGUGAAAAUAUUUUGCAAAAUAACGUACACAUUUCUGUGUCUCAUAUUGUUGUCUCAGACUCUAGAAGCUCCUGUUAGUUAUCCUUUAGUCAGGUUCCUGGAUCUCUCCCAAUCAAAAACCUCACCACUGCUUCAAAUGCUGUAACAAGGGUGGAUGCCAGAAAUGACUGCCAAUGGUCACAACUACCACAGUGCAUAAACUUUUAAUAAGAUUGUGUAUCGGUUGAAACGCAUCAGUGCAUUUACCCUUUUACAGUUAUUAAUUCUACUGUUAGAUUUUAUCCUUAUCUGGUUUUAUUGGGUUUCUGUCUUGGCUAAUAAAGUGUGGACAUUGCCACGAUUGGCAGUCAUUUCUGGCAUUUGUUACAGCAUUUGAACCAGUAGUGAGGUUAUCUGAGGUAAUGAUACUUUAUAAUGUAACAGUACAAUAAUGGUAAGUAAUUACAAUAUACAAACACGUCUAUAUCCUUCCUCUUUUUCCUUCUUUAGAUCUACACUAGAUCUGACAUAUCUAUUAAAAACAGAUAUGAAGCAUUAAACCAAGGAGAACAAUCAAAAGAUUUUUUAGAAUAGGACCGACAAAGAAAAGAGAGAAUCAAACUAAAUGUCCCAAGUUCCCCAUUAAAAAGAAGAAUAGAAAGAGAGGAACAAGAGGGGGACAAAAGAUUCAAAGAAGGAAAAAGAGGAAGGAUAUAGAUAUUACAGGAAUAUAUAAUCUUUCAAAAAUUACCCUUACUCCAAUGCAGAAUAGGGUUUUAGCUAGGGGCUUUAAGUUCUGUCCCAUAGCUAAUUUAGACCACUUUUCCACCUAUAUAGACCUUAAGAAAUUUGUCAGAACAUUAUGUAUAAAGAGAUAUUUCUGACAUAAGAUGGAUAUAACAAAGGGAGUAUCAAGAGAAUACACAAUACAUGGAGGGGAAAAGAUACACUAAAUUAAAGAAGAAGUCUACUUUCUUCAAUAAAAAUUGUAAGACCAACUCCAUGAAUUCAUUAGAAGAACUGGUGAUGAGAGAAGUUGAAAGCAUAAAGAGAAUCAAUAAAAAUAGGAUGGAUUUAAAUAGAGGAGAACAAGAGGCCCUAAUAGAAUUGAGAGAUAAUACCUAAGUUGUUAUUAAACCAGCUGACAAGGAGGGUGGCAUCGUCAUUAUGGAUAAAGAAUACAAUAUAGAAGAAUUGUUUAGACAACUUAAUGAUGGGGCAAUGUAUGAAAAAUGAACAGAAGACCCAACAAGAAAUAUAAAAAAAAAGUCUUCUUAGAAUAUCUGGUUAGAGGUAUGAUGUCAAAAGUUAUAUCUAAAACUGAAUAUGAAUAUUUAUCAGUUACACAUCCGAGAAUACCGGUGUAUUACUUUCUAACCAAGAUACACAAACAUGAAACUACACUACCAGGGAGACCCAUCAUUUCGGGUAUAGGCUCGGUGUCAGCUCCCUUGUUGGAAUAUAUCAACCAAUUCUUGCAGCCUAUGGUGAAAAAGACUAGGGCAUACCUAGAUUUUGUGCCUGUUGGAGGAGGUGGAGUGGAGGAAGGGGGACAUUCUGGUUACUGCAGAUGUCUCGUCACUCUACUCCAUCAUCCCACACCAGAUAGGUACCGAGGCCAUUAAGCAUUUCUUAGUUUCUACCAAUUUAUAUCUUGAUCAUUAAGCAUUUAUUUUACCAAAAAACAAAUAAGAGUCCUGUGCAUCUAGUAGAGGUGUGCACACCCAGGUGAUACCUCAAUUUAUUUGAGGACAAAGUUAAAGCAGCAAACAUUUCAGGCAGCAGCCCUUCUCAAUGCUAGUGUCCUACAGUUUAUGCAAGAUAACAACAAUAUAUAUAAAAAAUAGUUCUUACAUAACCCAAAAGUGCCACCCCCAGGUAAUCAAAUCUAGAAGCAGGAUCAGAUGUGCAGUACAUUUUCAUCAUUCUGGCAUGUUUGAUGAUUCCAGUCACUUCCUGGAUCUGCAGAAAUAUGCGUGAUGACAUCAUCACGUUCAUGAAAAAUGUUUGGUUUUUUUUGUUUCUUUGUUUUUUAAACUGUCUGGAAAUAAUAGCAAGGCGGCAUUUUAAGCUAUCAAAAGAACACACAAACGUCAGCAAGUGAUGGAAAAAGCACACUCUUGACCAUCAGAGUAAUUAAAGCAACAUUCAUUACUAUAAUAAACAAAUACUUGAGCACAUAUAAAUUCCUAAAGCUAUAAAGCAUGUUUAUAAAGAUACAAUUAAGUUUAUGCUAAAAUCUGCAAGCCCUAAGGCAUAUAUAGAAUUACAAUAUAUAUGUGCAGAGCCAUGGAGAGCAGAAAUAACUACACAGAUUACCCAACCAGUGAAGUGUAUAAUACAGUAUAGAAAUAACAGUUAAGUAGAAAAAAACAGAAAUAUAUAUAUAGAGACCACCCUCACUAUCUUGUGGGAACAGAGUGCCAUUCCAGAUGUCAUAAGUAAGAGGGACUAACUGGCUGGAGACAUAGCAAUAUCAUGCACUAGUAAGAUACAAAAGAUAUAUACAUACCCUGAUCCAGAAAGCAUCCCGAAGCGGGCACAUAGAAGAUGUACCUAGAGGAACCAGUGCCACUCAAGCUUCUCAUUGAGACCAUGAGGUUACACUGUAUCCAGGAGGUGCAUCAAGCAAACUUCUUUUUGCAACAGUAUUUUUUCUCUAUUCCCUCCUCUCGUGAGUGAGGGGUACCCUUUCCAAUAUUUGGUAAUGUAGUGCAGAGACAUUAUGUCUAUUUUCUCUAAAGUGUCGUGCGACUGGUGUAUCCGAAGUAGGACUGCGAAUUGCAGUUUUGUGUUGAGACACACACUCUUAAGGGCAUGAAUCGUCUUGCCUACAUAGCCAAGCCUGCAAGGACACUUGAGUAAGUAAACUACAAAAUCAGUUUGGCAAGUAAAAACCCUUUUAAUUUGAUAUACUGUCCUGUCCUGGGGUGGGUGCAAAAUUCCCCUUUAAUUAUCCCGCUGCAAUGAUUGCAGCUUUAACAGGGGAAUGUUCCAUGAACAGGUUUGGAGAUAAACAUCUGAUUUUUUGUGGUCUGCGAGUCCGCCCUAACUACUAUGUCUCUUAUAGAUCUCCCCCGCUUAUUAGCAAAUAUUGUGGGAUAUUUCCCUCUCAAAUAGAGCCUUGCAAACCCAGAGCCAUGGGUGAUAGGGCUCUGGUACAUGUGAGUAAUAUUGCUCUGGAGAUCUGAUAAUAGCCUUUACAAAGGCACUUGUGGAUCUCAGGCCUAGCUCUCUUGACUUGUCCCAGGGCUAGAGGGAUCCUUCAGCCAGCAAACAGGUCCACAGUGAUGUUUCCUCAUUCAGUAGGAUCCCUAAAAAUCCAUACAGGAAGUAACAAACAAUACUUUAUUUUACUUGGGACUAGCCCAUACGUUUGAUACAUAAAGCUUACUCACUUAAUAAAAUACAAAUAACCAAAACAGGUUAGAAUUUAUAUAGGGAAUUAUAAUAACAUAACAACAUAAAGGAGUGGAGAAGACAAACACAAAAUAUCUCUCCUGCCUGUAGCAAAUGAGCUUUUCUUGAGAUGUUUGUUUGUCACACACCAGUGUUCUAAUAAUCGAAUCAGAGUGUCUUGCAACCAAAAAUGUAUAUUUAUUCAAACAUACACAAAAUCCAAAAUAGCAUACGUCAAUGCACAUGUCAUGACCAAUACAGAGCAAUGUCCAUUUUUGAUGUUAAAUGUAUUGGUAAAAAUCCUUAGCUACAAUCAAUUUUAUAGGUUUAAAAUUCAGUUAUAUAGGGACGUAUACAUAAGGUUGCCUUACUUUAAAAUAAGUGGCUAUAAUAGAAAAAGGGUGGUGGCUUAGUAUCAUUUGAAAUCUAUGAUUAAAGCCAUACAUUAUAUUUAAGCGAUAAAAUAUAAGAUACACAAAAGAAGUUCUAUAUAUAUGGUUAAAUUAAUAAAUGCCUUUAGAAAUUUGAGCCUUGGGUAAUACACAGGGAGUCUGGCUUGCAAAGCUAGGUCAAAGGUUACUAUCAACAGGCCUUCAUCAAUCUAUCUUAACAUGAACCAUAUGUGGUGACCAUCCAUAUACAAUGAAAGUCUGUAAUACUAGUUACAUCUUGUGUCUGAAAGAAGUUUGAGUAAAGACUUUUUAAUAAUUGUUAUGGAUAGCUUACACUACAGCUGAGUAAAUCCCUGCAGCGUCUCCCUAAAUCCAAGUAAAUUCAAAGGUGUUGUGAAAUAUAGCUCCCAAUCCCCCAAGCAUGAGCCAAGACUUCAUGAAGGGGUAAAACGAUCUGCUUUAUUGAUGGCCACAGCUCGGCCUUUUAUGCAGGUCCUCCAGCAAGGGUUACUCCCACAGCUACAGGGACCAAUCAAUUUACAGUAAAAUCUAAACUGAAAUGAACAAGUUUUAACUGCCCUGGGCAAACUUAAUUAUCUCAAGGUAGAGAGAAACAAGGGUUUUGUCACAAUAAUCAUAUCACAAAAACAAGAUUCUACAACACAUCAGAUAAUUUAAAGUUAAUUGAAUAUUUCACUGCCUGCAGAAACAGCAAUAUGCAAAUCUACCUGAAUAUGCAAAUCAGCAAUCAUUGCUUUUCAGGUAGUGCCUACAGUGGUUGCUAGAUCCUUGCAACCAGCAGGUGGUGCUGUACAGGCUCCACGGCCAAAUCCACCUAGUAUAUUGCAAGCAUUAUCAAGACAGGAGAGCACACUAACAUUUAACCCCAUACAACAAUGUUACACACACACACCCUGCACUCACAAAAGACACGGGGUGACUUAAACAUAGGAAUAGUCCAGGACCCUACAAUGUCCAUGUGAAAUCCUACUGUCACAAUUAUAAUUGAAGCUUUUCAUUGAGAGGCGUUUAAACUAGUUCAGUCCAUCUCUAUGGAUAAUGUUGCACCACUAAUCACACGUGUUACCCUGUUUGAAAGACAUACUACAGUAAAAUAACCCAAGUAAAUAGUCACUGUUUCAUUCAGCAUUCCUUUUAUGUCUGUUUAGGAUGGAUUCAUACAUUCAGUGCUUUUUUUUGUGAAAUUAAAGAGUCACUCAGUCUUACUUAGUGGUUAUGGAAAUAGUAGACUACUGGCAUGAUUCCCCUUUUCUGUGUAAAUGUGUGAUACUGUCCCUUGGGUGCUUGUCACCUAUUUCAUUGCUUCACGAUUUCCAAUGUACAAAUUACACUUUCAUAUUAUAUCAACUCUGUCCAGAAAGAUAUCUGUAAGACAUUUGCAAUAUAAUGAGUGAUGGACCUGGCUAUAGACCAAUGAGACCCCUUAUUUUUAUUCGCUUUGGUAAAGAACCAGACGAAUGUAACAGCGAAGCUAGAAAAAUAACCAAAUUUCAAAUGAUCAGACAGAGAAAGAGCUUCUAAAAGUCACUGGACAGUUAAUUCAUAAAAAGGAAAGGCUUAAAAAAGUAACAAUAUAGAUAAAUACCAGCGCUUAUUUGUUUAAAAUAUCAAUGUGUCUAUACACCAAAUCUUUCUAAUUAGCUGCUAUACAUCUAAGUGAUGCUUUACCUUACCACCAAUACAAGAUGCAAACCAAGAAAAAGGAUGUAGCGCUUUAGAUAGUUACAAAAUUAAUAAAUCACCUUUUUAGUUUUAGCAUGGAGGCGAACACACUUAAUUAGGAGGCGGACUUUUCUAAUAUAUUCAGUAUAUACAAGAACCUAUAAAAAAUAAUUCAACAUAGUGUAGAUCAUUAACAAUCAGGUAAUCAAUUUCAAUUAUAGUGUGUAUACACUCACAAACGGAGAGCUAUAGACCCAGCUCUGGUUUAAAUCGUCUCCGGGUCCGUUUAGGCGACCCACACCUAUUGCCGGUAUAGAUCUUAUUCCCUGGGGAAGAUGAGAAAUACAAACGUUUGCGCAGUAUUGCCAGUAGUAUUUCUAGUGUAAAAUAAAGAAUCCCAAGUGGGUACUUCCAAAUCUGGAGUCAUACAAUAAUGACUCAAUUCUUAGGUGUUGUGCAGAUUAGGGACUGCACUCCCUUCUGUUCUGAACAAAAUAAAACUUCAAAAUGUAUUAAUAAACUUUUUAAAAUAACAAAUAAAAAGAAUAUAUGUUUGUAAACUCCGGAACGCGUUUCACCACUAGAAUCAUGGAUUCUUCAGCCGGGUGAAUUAAUUCAAUGUCCUGAAGUUUCCUUCUCUUGUUUAUAUAUUCUAAAGAAGCCCAAUCUUAACUCCCCAUCCAACUAUCGUCCUAUCUUGCUACUGCCUUUUGCAUCCAAGAUCCUUGAAAAAAUUGUGUAUGCGAGAUUGACAGACUUCCUCGAGUCCAACUCUCUGCUAGACCCGCUUCAGUCUGGUUUCCACGCUAAGCACUCUGUGGAAACGGCACUGACCAAAGUAUCCAAUUAUCUACUUGCUUCAAAAUCUCGUGGUCACUACUCUCUCCUAAUUCUCCUUGACCUGUCUGCGGCUUUUGACACUGUUGAUCAUCAACAGCUUCUUGUCAUCCUCCGCAAUAUCAGUCUACAAGAUAUUGCUCUCUCCUGGUGCUCCUCCUACCUCUCCCAGCGCUCUUUCAGUGUUUCUUUCUCUGGCUCUGCUUCUUCUCCCCAACUCCUCUCUGUUGGUGUGCCCCAAGGUUCAGUCCUUGGUCCCCUACUGUUCUCCAUCUAUACUGCCUCCCUUGGUAAACUCAUUAGCUCCUUUGGCUUCCAAUAUCAUAUCUAUGCAGAUGACAAGCAAAUCUACCUGUCCUCUCCUGAUCUCUCCCCGUCCCUCUUGACUAGUGUCUCUGACUGCCUCUCUGCUGUUUCUAACUGGAUGGCUGCCCACUUCCUUAAACUAAACUUGACCAAAACUGAAAUUCUGGUCUUUCCCUCCUCAAGUGUUGUUACUCCUGUGUCUGUCUCCCUCCAAGUCAACGGUGCUACCAUCAGCUCCACCACGCAGGCUCGCUGCCUAGGUGCCUCUUUGACUCCGACCUCUCCUUCAAGCCUCAUGUUCAAUCUAUUGCCAAAUCCUGUCAUUUUCAUCUCAAAAACAUUGCGCGCAUCCACCCCUACUUAACGCCAGGUGCGACUAAGGUGUUGGUCCAUUCCACUGUCCUUUCUCGCCUUGACUACUGUAAUACGCUUCUCAGUGGUCUUACGUGCUCCCAACUUGCGCCGUUACAGUCCAUAAUGAAUGCGGCGACGAGGCUCAUCUUCCUGUCCGCCCGCACCUCCCAUGCCUCACCCUUCUGUCAGUCACUACAUUGGCUUCCUAUAAAAUAUAGAGCUUAAUUUAAAAUUCUGGUUCUUGGUUUCAAAUCUCUACAUAAUGCUGCUCCCACCUAUCUAUCCUCCCUUAUACACAAGUAUGUCCCAUCUAGGCCCUUACGAUCUGCUGAAGACUUACGUCUAUCUUCAGUCCGUACUCCCACCUCUGAUGCUCGCCUUCAAGAUUUCUCGAGGGCUGCACUGUUCCUGUGGAACUCGCUUCCCUCCUCCGUUAGAUGCUCACCCAGUCUCCACUCCUUCAAAAAAUCGUUAAAAACCCACUUCUUCAUAAAAGCAUAUGAAUUAAACUGUUAAUAGCUCCUGACUGAUUCCUCUUCUGCAACUGUCACUAGUCUAAUACUAUCCUUACCUUUUUGUGUCAUUUUACCCCACUCCCUCUAGCAUGUAAGCUCAUUGAGCAGGGCCCUCAACCCCUCUGUUCCUGUGUGUCCAACUUGUCUGGUUACAACUACAUGCCUGUUCGUCCACCCAUUGUAAAGUGCUGUGGAAUUUGACGGCGCUCUAUAAAUAUCAUAAUAAUAAUAAUAAUAAUAUACCGUAAAAAAGGCGGGCAGGGGGUUCGUGCAUGAGUUCCAUAACACGCCGAUACCACCCACAGGUACGGCGUGUGCGGUCCAUGCCUCCUUCUCAUGCCGUCAUCCUUAGGCUCUAUAAUUCCACCAGUUCUAUGCAGAGAGUUAUAUGUCCACAUAAGUUAUUCGUAGCUGAUUAAAAGAAUUCAAUACUCUGAUCUCUCACAUAAAUGUCCGUGGGGGUAGUAUUAUUAAUGUCCAUAUCGUUCCAUAAGCACAUAGGGACAAAAAAUAAAAACGUGAUAUCAGUGCUCAGCAAUUUUAUAACUUGUAUAUAUGUUACUUAUUUCCAUGUAAAUUAUAAACACCAAGUCUCUUCAACUCGAAUUCUUAAAUAGUUAAAAGACUAUAAAUGAAUAUCUAGACUCAUGUAUAGAUUGUGAUCUCCAAAUACAGUCUUAUCAUUCCUAAAUAAAGCUAGGAUGUUUAAUCCAAUAGUAACACAUUUUCAAUAACAACAUAAGAAUAAAAGGUAACGAAUAAAUAGCGGUUUUUCAGUAACACGUCAAUUAAUGACACUCUGCAUGGUAAUACAUAAUCUAAAAAUGCAGUGUUUUCGUUCCAUAGUAAGAUUAGGAUGUUUAAUCCGAUAAUCACAAGUUCUCAGUACAACAUUAAUUUAAAGAGGAGCAGUUUGUACAUAGUCUUUCAAUUAGUAACACUCUGCAUGUUAGUAUAUUCUCCUGCUGCAGUUCACCCUUCUAACGUUAUGAUAUAUCUGAGUUUUGCUCCAAAGAUAGGAUUUAAAACAUAAAAAUCCACUGUUUGAUUAUUUUUAUUCGUUGUACUGAUACAGUUAUAUCUUUUACGUUUAAAUAUAUUCAAACUCUUUUCGAUCCGAAAAUUGCCAGCUAUGUUCCUGUAGCUGGCAAUUUUCGUGUGUUCGCCUCCAUGCUAAAACUAAAAAGGUGAUUUAUGAAUUUUGUAACUAUCUAAAGUGCUACAUCCUUUUUCUUGUUUUAAAAAAGAAACAGAAAUAAUGGAUUCAUACAAGGGAUUUGCAGUUCAGUCUGAAAUGAAUCUCCAAGUCUGAUAUAUACUGAUCUCUAAAGAAAAACAAGGAAAUAAACUAGAUCUGAGUAGUUACUAACUCUGAUAAUCAUAAGUGUAUAUUUCCUGGUAAAAUAUUUUAUAAAUAAAUAAAGAAUCAUAAGUAGUUAAAAAUGUUAUACUUUAACAUGUAUUUUCUUUAUUCCAGAUCCCAAGAGCACGAUGCAAUGAAGUUUGUCAUUAUGGAUACAGGAAGGCCCCUGGAGGAAGAUAUCACAAGUGCUGCUAUGACUGUGUCCCGUGUUCAGAGGGAGAAAUGUCCAAUGUAACAGGUAUAUAUAUAUAUAUUUAUACAUCAAUAUAAUUGUAUUUAAAUGCUCCACUCAACUUACAAAUGGUAAGUUACCUGUUCUUUAUCUUCUAUUGUAUUUUUUCUUUCCCAAAUAGAUCAGCAUGAAUUCAGUUUUAAUUAGAUGUCUGCAAGGAGGUUACAGUAUUUUCAUUAGGUUUCAAAAAUAGCUGGAGGCAAACCUUUUCUGGUGUUGUUUCCACCUAUGUUCUUCAUGGGUCUCUGCUGAUAGCUCCAUCUUGCUGAUGUUUGUAUUUAUCACUUUCCCAAUAUCCCAGCAAACGCAUUGUCCAAGUGCAUCUCUGUGACUUGUGAUAGAACAUUUAGAUACAUCAUUCUGUCUCCUUUGUUUCCCAAAAAGGUUGAACUUUCCUCAUAGAGAUGCAUUGAUUCCUAUGCACAUGCCUACUUUCCACCUUAGCCCUCCCUGCUCUUGAAUAAAUUGGAUUCCUGAAUAAAUUGGAACUUGUCAGGUGCCGAAUAAUUUUCUAUGAAAUAUCUCUAUGAAAAGGUGGUAACUGGCCAGGGCAGCAUUUGGUUCUGCCUCCCCCCCCUACACUCCCUCCUCCUUUCCCCCAACCCCCAAUCCCUCGUUAGCCUCUUUGGCUGAGAUUAUCAGAAUUAACAAUUUCCGGUAAUACAUUGCUUUUCCAUGGGAAAGCACUGUGAUUGGCUGAGAUAAUUAAUUCUAAUAAUGUAAGUCAAGGAGGCGGAUUGGGGCGCUGGGCUUGCACCACAUGGUGCUGAAAUAAAAUUUCAACAAUAUUAAGGAGGCUUCAGAGGCCUAAAUUGCAUUGUUAACACUAUUUUUAAAUAUGUAUUCCUGAGCCUAUAGUGUUCUUUUAAAUACAAAUAUACAUAACACUGGAGAAAUAGCAACCACAAUUAUUACAUCAAAAAUAUAUACAUGGGAGUACUUAUUUGGUUGCACUAAUCUGCAUGCUAACAUUAGGUAAAUUGACACAUUUCCAAUCAGCCAACAGAGGUCGCUGCAACUAAGUAAACUAAGUGCAUAGUGGAUAAUUUGAUAAUGUUAAUAUUACAAAUUAAGAAAUAUGAUUUAUUUACAACAUUGUUUUCUUAAAUAUAACUUCAUUAACUGAUAAAUUAUUUUCAAAAGCUUUUCUGGCAAACCAAAUUUUCCAUUAAAUAAUGUGCUUUCAUAUUCAGAAUCCCCUUAGCAAUCGGUUAAUAUUUUGCAGUAAACGUUCACUAGCAAUGGACCUCUUUAUGCACAGGAUACCUCAUUUGUAUGACCUUCAUUUGUGUAUUUUGUGGCCCACUGGACCGCAGGGCAGCAGGAAGUAUAUAGGAUGCUGGAACAUAUAGUUUCUGGCCAGAGGAAGGGGCCAAUUCACAGAGUUUUUAGAAACGCGAACUGGAAAUAUAUUGAAUCUCAGCUAUGUGACAUUUAAAGUCUCUGAAGGUGGAAUGUUGGGUUUAAAUGUCUGACUGAGAUGUGUAAAGAUUUUUUGUUUUUCUAUAUAUCCCCUAAGUAGUUCAGGUUGUUUCUUGGAACCACACUUUACAGUACUCUAGUUCUUCUGGAUGUUUAAAGUUUUCUUCCCUUUAUUCAGCCCCAGCUGCCCAGUAUUCCCCCAAUGGCAUCUUGUGCAACUUCUAGUAAUAGAUUGCACUCUAGAGAAGAAAGUUGAGUCAAAUAUAUUUACAUUUUUGUCCACCAUGUAUAUUACAUAUACAAAAAAGGCAUAUAAAGUGAUGGAGAACUUAUACCUAUAUCACUUCAAUUCAUCUGAUGUGACACAUGCACAGAACCUGCUUUGCCAGUAAAUAGGAUGAGUGGAGAGUGUAUUUAGUAAGCAGCAAGUCCCUGAACCUCAUCUCAUGAUAGACUGGCUUUUAUUAAGCAGACAGUAGCCAAAUGUCUCAAGGAGAUUUCACAAACUCAUAAAAGACCUACAACUACCACAGAGCUUGGACUGAAAUUUCAUCAGACAAAGCAGUCAUAUGAGGAGAAAGAAGGUCAAAUACCUGAAGGGCUACAUUGUAAUAACAUAGGCUCCUUUAUCUCCAUGAUAAUGAAUACUCUUAAUAUGAUGGACUCAAUUCCUAUAGAAUCUCCUACUAGUCAACACUUUUCCAGCUUCUGUAAAAGAUAAUAUAUAUUACCUCUUAAUGAUACAGUUAGAAGAAUAGCAAAAAGUGGAGAAACAUGUUAACUUACAAAGCAGAGUUUCUAAAAUAUAUCCUUUAAAAAUAAAUCAAAGAUUGUACAUACUGAUUUCAGACCAAAACUGGUAUCUUCUUUCCGCUAGACAUGUGCAAUUUGGAUGAAUUUCGGGCAAUUCGGACAUUCGGGUACUUCAGAAUGUCAGAAUAGCCGAAGUGCUGAAGUUGCCGAAGUUCCGAAGUGCUGAAGUCCCGGAUUUUGGAAUGCCGAACCAAACCGAAAAAUUUUCCUAUGCACAUGCCUACUUUCCACCUUAGCCCUCCCUGCUCUUGAAUAAAUUGGAUUCCUGAAUAAAUUGUAACUUGUCAGGUGCCGAAUAAUUUUUCAACGAUGCAUUGGUCUUUCUAGGAAAUCAUUUAGCCUGUUUGUUAUUCCUUCAGGGGAAAAAGUUUUAUCUACUACCAUUGGCAGGUGGAUGGUGUCAGCCAUUUCUCUGGCCUACAAAUUCAAAGACAUCCCUCUGCUUAUUGUAAUGAAAAAAUCCCUUUGAACAUUGCCUCCUGGACACCCAAAAUACUUGGCUUAUUUUUAUUGCAAAUUGUUUGGUAGUGAAAGAGUUAAUAUGCAAUACUAAAAAUCUCCUUAAAGAGGUACCAGUUCUGGUAAUAUUAUAAAAUGGUCAUUGUAUGAUUCAAGUGAUGUUAUGGUUCCUGUUAUCACACAUCUGGCAUUCACAUCUUUUGUUUUGUAUUUCAUUAUUCAGUAUUCAUCAUGUUGUUUUAUAUAAUUUUCUUAAUAGCAAAGCAAUGCAAAUACCAUCUUAUCCCCACUAAAGCAUGAUUAGAUAAACUGCUUACUUUGAUAGAAUUGCAUAUUUAUGUAAAUCAAAAUUAUAUUAACAAGCAUUGCUAAUUACGUUUAAUGUUUUUGUUUUGUUUUAUUACAGACAGUGAUAACUGCCAAACAUGUCCUGACAACGAAUGGCCAAAUGAGAAUAAAACAAAGUGCAUUCCCAAAAAUUAUGACUUUCUGUCAUAUGAAAAUGAUAACAUUACUUCAAUUUUCUCUUCUAUCUCUAUAUUAUUUUCACUCAUAGUUGUCUUCAUAUUAAGAAUAUUCAUUAUAUUCUGGGAGACUCCCAUUGUCAGAGCGAAUAACCGGAAUCUCAGCUUCGUCCUCCUGGUCUCUCUCAUGCUGAGCUUCCUCUGUGUGUUUCUGUUUCUCGGUCGUCCUGUGGAUAUAACCUGCAUGCUGCGUCAAACCUCUUUUGGGAUCAUCUUCUCAGUAGCUGUAUCUUCUGUACUGGGCAAAACUAUCAUGGUUUACAUCGCUUUCAAAGCUACUAAACCAGGCAGCUCGUGGAGAAUGUGGGUUGGGGUCAAAGUGUCUAAUACCAUAGUUCUGAUAUGCUCAUCUAUCCAGAUCCUGAUUAAUGUUCUUUGGUUGUGCAUUUCCCCUCCUUUUCAUGAACUGGACAUGCACUCUUACCCUGGAAGGAUCAUCAUUCAGUGUAACGAAGGCUCAGUCAUUGCCUUCUACUCAGUUCUGGGUUAUAUGGGAGUUCUGGCAGCUGUUAGUUUUAUUAUUGCUUAUUUUGCCAGGACAUUACCAGACAGUUUUAAUGAGGCUAAGUACAUCACCUUCAGCAUGCUGGUGUUCUGUAGUGCGUGGAUUGCAAUGAUCCCGGCCUAUCUGAGCACAAAAGGGAAAGACAUGGUGUCUGUAGAGAUAUUUGCCAUAUUAGCAUCAAGUGCUGGCUUGUUAGGCUGUAUAUUUUUUCCUAAAAGUUAUAUAUUACUGAUAAAACCUGAGAUGAAUACUAAAACACAUCUAUUGGACAAAGACAAUGCAUAUACAUUUAAAUGA